AUGGCAGGGCGGCUGCUUGCACCACCAGGCCCUGAUAGUUUUCGACCUUUCACUCCGGAAUCUCUGGCUAACAUCGAGAAGCGCAUCGCAGAAGAUAAGAAGAAGAAGCGCCCUAAGCAAGACAGCAGUCACAGAGAUGACGACGAAGAGAGCAAACCAAAACCAAACAGUGACCUGGAGGCAGGGAAGAAUUUGCCUUUCAUCUAUGGGGAUAUCCCAAAAGGCCUGGUUGCUGUGCCACUGGAGGACUUUGACCCUUUCUAUUUGACGCAGAAAGUGAGUCACCAAGACCCAGCCUAUUAAAAACUCAAGUCUUUUUUGUCCCCAGGAGGAAUUACAGGUUUGGGGUGGCAAGAGUCUCUUGCUGCAUAUGACCUUUUUCUGUGGGCUUUUCAAAUACAAAUCUUCUCUUCACUUUUUUCAGGUUUGGGGAAGAAAUGUGUCUGAUCGUUUGUUGGGGUAGCUGAUAGCUCUGCAAAAUCUGCACACAGCUCAACACAUAGCUUAAGCAAUUCUGGAAGUCAGCACAUCUAGUAGGGAGGAGGCAGAUAAAUAAGAGGGGGGAGUGGCAACAGAUACUGAGAAAAGGAGUGGCAGUCAGUCCAUCUCAGUCACAAAAGAGAAAAACCAUGGUGUUUUAGGUCCGGUGUCUCCCAGGCCAAUUAGCACCAUUUGGAGACUUGUCUUCUAUCCAUGGUGACUUUUAAAAAUUCAUCUUGGACAGAGAUGAAAUGUAUCUAGACCUGACAAAGAGAUAGGUGUGGUGUGCCACCAUAUAAUCCAGAACCUGACUUACUUAAUUGCAUCAAAUGCUCCCGAAAGGUUAUUGGAUCUGGGUUUGUGGUAGUGAUGGGACAUUUCCUCCAUCCUUUCACUGCCUCAGUGUACCAUUUAGACUAAUAAAAGACCAUCACCACCAUCACAUAUUGAGCAUAAGCCUCAAAGUGGUUGUGGGACUUGACAGCCCGAUUCCCUCUAAAGUGGAAGGGGGUGGGUCUUAAAACUUUGCCAUAAUGCUUUGCGUGGAAAAUUAAUGAUGCACAUUGAAAGCCCUUCCAUUUUACUUUACCUAAUAUACUCUUAACAGUUCUGUUAUGCUCUCAGUCAAGAAAGCAAAAGAGCUUGUUUCACAACCGGCUCCUAUGCUGUGCUUCCUUUAACUAUAUGUACAACUGGUACCAUAAAUGGAGGUGGUUGUGUGAUAACCAAUAGCCUGCUCAAAAGCAUGAGCCUUUUGCAUUUUAUGAAGCCCCUGCCAAUGAGCAUAAGAAGAACUCUGCUAGAUCAGGCCAAGAGUCCAUCUAGUCCCUCUUGACCUCUCAUGGAGGGGGCACAUGAAGAAGGGCCUCAGAUGCUUAUUGCAAGCCAGGGAGCCAAGUGGGCUCCACAAAGCAGGAGAGGGCAUUCAGAUGAUCAUGUCAGUGGCCCAAGCCAUCCAGAUGUUCCACAAGUUGGCCAGGGUUUCAACAGGAGCACCAGUCAUAUCAGCAGGGAAAUCCCCCAAGGUUGUCUGAAAACCAAUUGGAGCCAUCAGCUUCCGAGGUAGACCAUCCUCAUAGGUCCCCUGCCUCUGCAGAGGUAGAAGGAUGCUGAGAGCCUAAAUCUCAACAGGAAGUGACCUGACCAUGACAAGGGACUGUUGUCAAUAACCCCCACUUUCAGAUCACCCUCUUCCUGCCCAGCUGAGAAAACAAGGUCCGCAUAUGUUGGGCCAAUGACAUGUUGGGUCAUCAUGGCAGCCGUGAAGUCUUUAGCCAUGGCAGAGCUAAUGGCUUCAGCAUGGAUGUUGAAGUCCCCCAACACUAGCAAUCUGGGAGUCCUCAACACUCCCUCCAAGACCAGCUCUGUCAGCUCAGGCAGGGAUACUUCUGGGCAGUCAGGUGGGUGGUAAACCAGCAGAAUCCCUAAAGGUAAAGGUAAAGGGACCCCUGACCAUUAGGUCCAGUCGUGACCGACUCUGGGGUUGCGGCGCUCAUCUCGCUUUCCUGGCUGAGGGAGCCGGCAUACAGCUUCCAGGUCAUGUGGCCAGCAUGACUAAGCCGCUUCUGGCGAUCCAGAGCAGCACACGGAAACGCCGUUUACCUUCCCGCUGGAGUGGUACCUAUUUAUCUACUUGCACUUUGAUGUGCUUUUGAACUGCUAGGUUGGCAGGAGCAGGGACCGAGCAACGGGACCUCACCCCGCUGCGGGGAUUCGAACCGCCAACCUUCUGAUUGGCAAGUCCUAGGCUCUGUGGUUUAACCCACAGUGCCACCUGCAUCCCUAGCAGAAUCCCUAAUAUGUCCCAAUUACCAACACCAGGAACAAACACUCUGGAUCCCCACCCAACUGGCCAGAAAGCCUAGAGACAGAGAUGGAAUCUCUGUGGUCUACAGCAACUCCCCAUCCCCAACCCUCAAGUCUGCCCUGGAGCUGUACCAAGGAGCCAGCACCAACUCCACCCUGCUCAACCACCCACGUCUCAGGAAUAUAGAUCAGAUCAGCCUCCUUAUCCACAAUCACAUCAUGGGUGAGGCAGGACCAACCUAACAUUGAACAGCCACAGACCCCAGGGCUGACUGAUAGGACAGCCACAAUUCCUCAGGUUGAAGGGAGGUCUGGCACAUGGCACAGUCACCAACUCCCUGUGCCACGUGCCCCUUACCAGACAUGUCCCACCCACUUACCCAGAACCACUGCAAUUGGGGUGCCAACUGCUUUCCCUAGUUGCUCUCUUCCCAGGCACAUUUUACCUCCCUUAUUUUGAAAACUCCAAAUUAAAAGUGUACAAGUUAAAAAGCACUUAAACAAUUUAGGGCAAGCCAAUCUCCAUAGAAGAUGAUGUUCUGGGGGUGGCCCUUGUCCUUGCUUCCCCCCCCCAAAGCUGCUCCCCAAAAAGGGGGUGACCCUCUGCUGGCCAAAGGUUCCAAAAGGGCAAUUCCAGCAGCUAUGAAGGGGAGCCAGGUGAACAGCUCACCUCCUCCACUGAUGGUCUCUAGCUGCUGCUACCUCUGAGAGUGAAGUGUCCGUUCUCCCAAAACCGGAGGUAGUGCAGGAGGUAUUGUGCAGACUUUAAUUAGGUUAGAUUAGGCUGGGUGCAAAAUAGAUUUCAUCGCGCACCAAGGGAUUCUGGGACUCAGAAACUCCGUGGCUGUUCUCCCUUUGAAAAUAUGAUUUAUUUGGAUCUGCCUUCGGCGGUAAGCAGAAUGCCCAGGCCGCUGGCAAGGAAAAGACCUUUUAAGAUGAAGAGGCACCUUGGGUGGUAGCUAGCUGAGGACUGAGGUGAAUUUGCAGGGUCCAGUCAGUGUGGAGGGGAAGGAGGAGAUUUCCUCUGGGGGUGAUGUCCCUUUCAGCGAGCAGGAGGAAAACAGCAGGCAGGCAGAAGGUGAGGCUGCCUGAGUCUGCAGUUGUACGGCUGUUCAGGGACAACACAAGCUUGCGCUUUCAGGUUUAGAAUGGUUGGGCCUGCGAGUGGCAGGGGGAGGCAGGAGGCAUGGCUGCUGUGAGGAUCUUUUGAGCACCAAUGUCUGGAUUUGGUAGGCCGUUGUGAGAACAGGGUGGAGGCAGCUAGAGAUGGGUUGUGGGUCUGUUGCAACGGGGCUCUUGUAUGAGCUGGGUAAACAGUUAAAUACUGGGAGGUAUUUCCAGACCCUCCAAGUACCCCUGUUUUCCUAGGACAGUCUCGGAUUUACAGAAGCCAUCCCAGUUUCUGAUUCGAUCCCAGAAUGUCCCACUUUUCCUUAGGACGUCCCUAUUUUCAUUGGAGAAAUGUUGGAGGGUAUGGAGUUAUCCAACCCCCGAGCCAUCUGAAGGCAGCCCUGUAGGGGGAAGUAUUUUAAAAUGUUUUAUUGUGUUUUCAUAUAUGUGGGGAGCUUCCCAGAGUGGCUGGGGCAAUUCACGGGUUAUAAACAGUAAAAUAAGAAUAAAAGUACCGUAUUUUUUGCUCUAUAAGACUCACUUUUUUCCUCCUAAAAAGUAAGGGGAAAUGUGUGUGCGUCUUAUGGCGCGAAUGCAGGCUGCACAGCUAUCCCAGAAGCCAGAACAACAAGAGGGAUCACUGCUUUCACUGUGCAGCGAUCCCUCUUGCUGUUCUGGCUUCUGGGAUUCAGAAUUUUUUUUUUCUUCUUGUUUUCCUCCUCCAAAAACUAGGUGCGUCUUAUGGUCUGGUGCGUCUUAUAGAGCAAAAAAUGUGGUAAUAAAGACUAGGAUGUUCCUAUUUUCAUUGGAGAAAUGUUGGAGGGCAUGCAUUUCUUUUUUGCCUGCAUGACAGUUUUACUGCACACAGCACAGCAACAACUUAGUACCACACCCUCUUGACGGUGGCUUUGAUAGAAGCCUUGGAGGCUGUUUUGGCAGGUAUGCGGGGGUCAACUGAGCUAAGAGGUGCUGUUUGCAAAGCCAAACGCAUACCAGGAAAUGCAGGAUUUCUUUUGUGUACAGCACUGGGCACCUUUAGGUGCCCCCACCACCCAUCCAGUGGUGCAAGCCCGAGUGUGUGAAAGGCUGUACUGAAGAAAGCCCUUUAUGUUCCCCAGAGAAGGCUUCCCAUUUAGAAAUAUGUGGGAGGCCUCUGGCAGCGCAUCUUGUGUGCUGUGCAGAGAACAACAUGACUGCAUAGAAGGUUGGGUCUUUUUCUUUUUCUUUUUAGAAAUAGUGAGCUACAGACAUCACCGGAAAUGUUUUUGAUGAACAGUUUCUCCCCCAGCUUCCUGUUCUGUAUAGCGAGGCCUUGUGUAUCUUCCCACAAACCCUGGAAUGGCACAUUUCCUGAUUCCAUUGUGUUUUACCAGAAAGGAUGUGCAUUACUUCUCCAAAUAACCAGUGGUUCAAGAUCAUCCCAAAAAUCCAUUUAAAACACACACACACACACCCCUCUCUGAAUCAUCAAAAGCAGCAGUUCUGCUUGAACAACUGGAAUGUUGCCAUGUUUUUUUUAAUGCCAGCUUCUAGCGUAUGAAAAGCAGUCCUGGCUCUUUCUUUUUAAUGCCAGCCAGAGAGCUAAGUGCAGAGGCGUGGCCUGACUGGCACCAGAAUUGGAGGAUGGCACCUGUCUCUGCCUUAUCCCCCAAUACUUAGGGAAGAUGGCAGUGUUUCUUUAUUCCAAUGAACCUCAUCACAACUGUAAGACACAGAGUCAUCAACUGAAGGCCAAAACCAGGCCAAAGCUUAGUGGUAGAGCUUCUUUAUGAAAGUCCCAGAUUCAAUCUCAAGCAUUUCUAGAUUAUUAUUAUUAUUUAUUGAAUUUAUAUACCACCCUGUACUGGGAGGUCUCAGGGCGCUUCACAGAAGAAAAUCAAAAUAUAAAACCACAAAACAUACAAUCAAAAUAAAAACAACAACCCAAUAACACACACCUCCAAUAGGCCUAGGAAAGCUCUUUUGCUGAAACCAGCAAGCUAUCUUAGCCAGCAGUGCAACCUAUUCAUCUAGAUGGACCAAUUGUCCUGACUUAGUAUAAUGCAGAUCUCCGUUUUGGAAUGUUUCCCUGCUGAUGCAAAAAACCCCACAGCUACAACAUCCUUGUUAGGUGGUCACCCAGUUUUUGUUUAAAAAGGGGGAGUCCACUACCUUCCAAGGAAUCCUGUUCCUCUCACCGCCCCCAGCCUUUUCCCUUUCCCUUUCCCUUGGCUAUGACUUCCAUUUUACAGGUUCGGUAAGCAAGAUGAAUUGGCAUCUUGGUAAACCCAGGGGUUUUGCUUGGGCUGCUGCUCUAUAUGUUAUUGGCAUCCCCAUUGGGAGCUCCUCAGCCCCUGAUCAAAUACUUAAUUAGAACUCACUGCAUCAGUUGCUGCCCCUGCCAAGCAAAUGCCCCCGAUAUGGACCACUGGCAGAGAAACUCACUACAUGACAGCCCCAACUCUAGACAGUGAUCUGCACUAAUUCAGUAUAACGUGGAACAGAGACACUUGCCAUGGAGAUGCGAGUCUUAAAUAUAGACCAGCUCAUUGAGAACAUUUUCCCAGGUGUCCCCAGUCCAAGUUUCAAUUUUUCUCUGGGGGGUGAUAAUUGAUUUUCAGAUUGUCAUUCUUUCCCUUGGUCUCUUCCCUUGGUCUUGUUGAGAAUGUCUGUAAACUAGUGAUAUUCACUAGGAGCUGUGGUCUAAACCACUGAGGCUACGGCUUGCUAAUCAGAAGGUCAGCGGUUCGAAUCCCCGCGACGGGGUGAGCUCCCGUUGUUCGGUCCCAGCUCCUGCCAACCUAGCAGUUCAAAAGCACAUCAAAGUAAAAAAAAAAAAAGCACGACAAAGUGCAAGUAGAUAAAUAGGUACCGCUCCGGCGGGAAGGCAAAUGGCAUUUCUGUGCGCUGCUCUGGUUUUGCCAGAAGCGGCUUAGUCAUGCUGGCCAUAUGACCCAGAAAAACUGUCUGCGGACAAACGUUGGCUCCCUCGGCCAUUAUUUUUUUUUUUAAAUCAUAUUUAUUAAAGUUUCCAGAAAUAUAAAAAUACAAAGAAAAAAGACAAAAGAAAGGAAAUAUUUAAAAAUCUUACUUUCAUUCCCUACUUUCUGGGACUCCCCUCCCCCCAAUUGUAUUCCCUUUCCUUAAUUUGGUUCUACAAGCUCUCACUCCCAAUUUAAAGCUUAAUUUGUUUAACCCACUAUCCAGAUUGAAUUGUACAAAUCUUACCGCGUCCCACAUCAUUAACAGAAAAAGAAAAAGAUUUUCCCCAAGAUCCACCCCAGUUCCGUCCCCAAAUUCCCUUUUUUUUUAACACGUACGUUAAAAAUAAAAUAACAAGCGUAAGUUAUGGAAAGAAAUAGUAAAUAAUAGAUAUAGAAAAUUUCAAAAAAUGGUUACACAGCCUUUGGAUUUCAAAUCUCCCCUUCCCCGGGUUGGAUUCCCCAUGUCCCUCAGUCUAUACAUUAUCAGCUUGGAAGUCUCAUUUCAUGACCAGAUUUCUCCCCAGUUCCAUCUUGCCGGUUUUCUUUUAGUUUAUUAAUUUAAAUAAUAUUUGACUUCAAAUGUCCAAUCUAACAAAGGCCUUUAAUUUCCUUGAUCUUUACCACUCCUCCCGUUGUUCUUUCCGUGUCGUAAUCAGUCCUUUAUUCUUCUUAUUCCUCACUUUCUCAGGUUUCUUGUCCUGUUCAGCUGCUAAAACUUUCUAAUUCAGAAAUCUAGUGUCUCUGCAGAGGUUUGUUAUUCAGGAACAAAACUUACGUCCAGUCCCUUUCUUUCUUCAAUAAAAAUUCCAUUGUCUUCCUCUGUAGACAAAAUACUCUUUCAGUUUUGCAGCUUUCCCAGAAGAUAACAAAUCCUGUGCGAAUCCCAGGGUAUUUUUCCACUUACGACCGUUCUUGUAGUAUCCCGAAACCCUCUAGGGGAUUGUAAUAACUUUGUAUCCUCUAAUCCAAAAGUCAAAUUGUUGCUUAUUUUCCAACAGUUUGUAUCCAUAUUAUAGCAAAUUGUAACAAAAUUAACCAGCAAGGUCCUCAUAACAAAGUCCUCUUUAUAUUCUCCAGCUUUGACAGCCACUUUGACAGCUGUCAAAGUCUCCGUCUCUCUUCACCAGGCUCCACGAAUCGCCCCGGUUCCCAGGGGGGGGGGGUUGCAUUUUUCUUCUCACCCUCCACUCUUCUCCUCCAGCACAUUUCUUAUAAUUUCCCAUCGUGAAAUUAAUGAUUUUUAUCAGAAACAUACUUCCCUUUGGACCUUGGUUACCCAGUCCUUGUUUUGGACUGCUUACAAUAGGGGGGGGGAUUGACUUCCUUUUUAAAUCGCCCCCGCUCGUGCCAAAUCCAAAAUUUUGAACCCGGUUUCCCAAUUUACUCACGGGUUGUUGUUAAUAGUCCAAAUUUUCAAUAGAAGAAGUCAGCGCUCUCCGUCGAAUGGCAUGCGGCUGCGCUCGGCAGGGAAAGCAGUGGACUCAAGCACCACGCCACUCCCGGCACCCGAUCCGAAGCCUUUAAAAGGCUCCUUCACGAGUCGGGAGGGCGCUAAUGGUGCAAGCCGAGUCACCCAUGUCCACGGACUCCGUGCCCGUGGUUUUAAGGGUCCCCGCGUCGCCGGCGCGGUAGGACCCAGCCCCUGCCGAGCAGACUCCCUCCGGAGCUCGGAGGGAGUCCGCCAUUCGGCGAUGGCGCUAACCCGGAAGUCCCAUCUCUUCUAACCUAAGCCAGGCUCCCUCGGCCAUUAAAGCGAGAUGAGUGCCGCAACCCCAGAGUCGUUCGCGACUGGACUUAACUAACAGGGGUCCUUUACCUUUACCUUUACAGGUAAAGGUAAACAGGUAAAUGAUUGGCACCACUGUAUUUUUCUCAUGUUUUGAAUUUGUUAGAGACCAUUCCUCAGCACAGUGCAUCUUGACACCCAAUGUCUACAGAAUGUCCCUAGGGUACAGGAGAAUUUUAUUGUCCUAGCCAAAGGGAAGCUGUGCUGUACUUGGGAAAGACUAAUUUGUUGUUGUUGUUUAGUCGUUUAGUCGUGUCUGACUCUUCGUGACCCCAUGGACCAGAGCAUGCCAGGCACCGCUGUCCUCCACUGCCUCCUGCAGUUUUGUCAAACUCAUGCUGGUAGCUUCGAAGACACUAUCCAACCAUCUCGUCCUCUGUCGUCCCCUUCUCCUUGUGCCCUCCAUCUUUCCCAACAUCAGGGUCUUUUCCAGGGAGUCUUCUCUUCUCAUGAGGUGGCCAAAGUAUUGGAGCCUCAGCUUCACGAUCUGUCCUUCCAGUGAGCACUCAGGGCUGAUUUCCUUCAGAGUGGAGAGGUUUGAUCUUCUUGCAGUCCAUGGGACUCUCAAGAGUCUCCUCCAGCACCAUGAUUCAAAAGCAUCAAUUCUUCAGCGAUCAGCCUUCUUUAUGGUCCAGCUCUCACUUCCAUACAUCACUACUGGGAAAACCAUAGCUUUUACUAUACGGACCUUUGUUGGCAAGGUGAUGUCUCUACUUUUUAAGAUGCUGUCUAGGUUUGUCAUUGUGGGAAAGACUAAUAACAUAAGAUAAAAAAAUCUGCAGGAUCAGGCCAAUAGUUCACCUAGUCAGCUUCCUUCCUGUUCUUACAGUAGCCAACCAGGUGCUUAUGGGAAACCCAUAAACAGGAGUUGAGGACAACAGCCCUCUCCCCACUUGUGUGCAGCAACUGGAGCUUGAGCAUAACCAUCAAGGCUUAGCCAGCUAGGAGAGGACUUAGAAACACCUUGCACCCUGGGCCAAGAGUGAAUGGAACAGAAGCCAGUAAACUUGCUUUGUUUCAGAAAUAAGCAAGCAAGGGGCCUUGAUCAUUUGAACAAAAUGGCCGACGUUAUUCUGGUGUUCCCUGUCACUAUUCUGAAUGAGCAGGAACUGUACGGAGUACAGCCUUCCUUGGAUUGCACCACUUCACAUCCCAAGUAGUGAAUUGCAUAUUUGAAUAUUACCCCCUUAUAGAUAGCUUUCUAUAGCCACGGAAAGCUAAGAGAUGGGUGAGCUCAAUUUUGAAACCGGAUUGAACUGUUUGCUUUAAACUGGCUUCGGCCCCAUACUUUAAAGUCUCUUAAAUGUUGUAGAAGAGAUUCACAGUGCAAUCCUAUGCAUGUUUAUUCAGAAGUCAAGCCGCAGUCCUAUGCACGAGUACUCUCUUUUGUUUGUUGGUUUUGUGGUCACGCAGGAUCCCAUGCUGCCCAUGCCUGCUUCAUUUCAGAAGUGGUAAUAAUAAUAAUAAUAAUAAUAAUAAUAAUAAUUUAUUAUUUAUACCCCACCCAUCUGGCUGGGUUUCCCCAGCCACUCUGGGCGGCUCCCAACAGAAUAUUAAAAACACAAUAAAACAUCAAACAUUAUAAACUUCCCUAAACGGGGCUGCCUUCAGAUGUCAUCUAAAAGUCAGAUAGUUGUUUAUUUCCUUGACAUCUGACAGGAGGGCAUUCCACAGAGUGGGCGCCACUACUGAGAAGGCCCUCUUCCUGGUUCCCUGUAACCUCGCUUCUCGCAGUGAGGGAACCACCAGGAGGCCCUCAGAGCUGGACCUCAGUGUCUGGGCUGAACGAUGGGGGUGGAGAUGCUGCUUCAGGUACACUGGGCCACGGCUGUUUAGGGCUUUAAAGGUUAGCACCAACAGUGCCAAGGGACGCGGGUGGCGCUGUGGGUAAAACCUCAGCGCCUAGGACUUGCCGAUCGCAUGGUCGGCGGUUCGAAUCCCCCCGGCGGGGUGCGCUCCCGUCGUUCAGUCCCAGCGCCUGCCAACCUAGCAGUUCGAAAGCACCCCCGGGUGCAAGUAGAUAAAUAGGGACCGCUUACCAGCGGGUAGGUAAACGGAGUUCCGUGUGCUGCGCUGGCUCGCCAGAUGCAGCUUGUCACGCUGGCCACGUGACCCGGAAGUGUCUGCGGACAGCGCUGGCUCCCGGCCUAUAGAGUGAGAUGAGCGCACAACCCUAGAGUCUGUCAAGACUGGCCCGUAUGGGCAGGGGUACCUUUACCAACAGUUUGGUUAACCUGUGGGCCCAUCUAAGGAGCCUCUCUUCUGAGCACAGUAGUCUCCUCACUGGGAUUGUGACUAGGAGGACCAGGGUCCUUUGAGCGUUGCUGCCUUUUUCUGGAAUUAUCUCCAUAGGGAAACCUUUUAGGCCCACUAUCUGUUAGCACGUAGGAGCCCAUUUAAGACUUUUGCGGUUUCAAUAGAUGUUUUCAAUAGCCAGCAGGGGUGCUUGCUACAUGCCAUGUCUUUUCUUGGGUUUAGCUGUUUGAUUUUAUUGUGGGAGGUUUUUUUAAAUGUUCAGGACUUUCAGGUGAUCGUUUAAAAAAAGUACAGAUAUCCGACAACAGGUCAAAAUUAAAAAUGAACCAACAAAUGGGGGUGGGGUGGAAGCACUGGAGCACCAGUCAACAACCCACAUGGAAAUUCCAAGACGUUUCAAAGUCUGGUUUCUUCCGCCGCAUUCCUACCUUCCUUAUUUUACUGUAGAAGUUCAGGAAAUGGGCAAAGGGUUGGUGCCUGACCUGUUUUGCUUCCGAGGUUUCUAUCUAAGCAGACAUUUGACGUUAUUAUAGUCAUUGUUAACAAGAACUAUAGUUGUUUUACAGUUACCUGUUUUGAAACUGCUGAAAUGAGUUGCCUUGAUUUUAUUUCCAUUUUGACGCUGUUACGUACUUGGCCGUAGUUGGCAUCCAUCUGUCUUGGGAGACAAUGGAGGAGUGCGCCUUUGGGGGUGAAGUCAAUCUCAAACCAGGCAAGAUAAAAAGAGAGGUUUCAGGGAGGAGAAAGUUAGAGGAAAGAGAGAGGAGAUAGACAGAGUUGCUUUGGGUGUAUGGCAGGAGGAACUUGAGGUCUAGAUCCCUGAAAGAUGAAAGAAGGCUGGAGAAACCAAGGGAAGGCAGAAAAUGAGUGUACUGGUCUUCAUUUGUCCAUAAGGACUAGUAUGUUUCAUAUGGACAAAAGAAUAGAAAGUGGGGUAAGAUGGUUAAUUAAGUUCUAUGGGAUGAUACCCUACAUUAUCUUACACUUGCUUCAAACACUCUCACAAAAUGUAUAGAGGUAUUUCUGUAUCUCAUUUAUUAGACUUCUGCAUUGGGUUCGCAUGCAGUUGGUCCUUUGAGUUUCCUUUGGGAAAGAAAGGUAGUGGUCUGUAUAGAAAAAGUAAUGGACAGGGAAGGAGCCUGGAGUCACUGGUAGAACAUGUGGUUUACAUGCAGAAGGUCCCAGAUGCAAAUUAUAUCAUUUCCAGAUAGGGUUGGGGAAAGGCUCCUAAACUCAUGGAGAAUCACUUUCUUGUCAGUGUAAACUGAUGGUCUGAUGUGGUAUAAGACGGCUUCUUAGGUUUGUGUGCUACAUUUCAUUGAGACUUAAGCAAAAAGGCCUUUGCCAGAUGGUGCUCGUGGCCUCUAACAUAUGUCCGUCUUACAGAGGUAGCAUCCUAUGCAUAUUUUAAAAUGGGGCUUUAUCUGUUGAACAUGUUACAUGUUGUUGUUGUUUCACACAUUUUUCAUGAAAGUCAACUAGCACCGCUUUGGACAACUUCUUAACGAAGGCUUGGGUUUUCAUUCUUUCUUUUGUGACUUUGUGAAAAGUCAAAACAGCAUGAAAACACAACCCUUUAUUAAGAAGUUUUCUCUUUGUUGAUUUGAUAAAUAUUUGGCUUUUAUGUUAGAUGUGUGUGUGGUUUUUCAAUACUAGAAACAAUAAAUGACUAGGUAAUGUACAAAAUGUUUUAAAUAGUUAUUUGGGGUGUGUACAGUUUUGUCUACAAACCAUAAAAUAUAAAAUUAAGACAUGGAUAUAAAACCAAAACCAGUACAAUUCUCUGCACAUCUACUCAGAAGUAAGUCCCACUGAAAUCAAUGAGCCUGACUUUCAGGUAAGUGUGUACAGUGAUUGCAAACUUCAUUUAUGUAUUUGUUCUAAAAGUACUACUAACUUUCUGUAUUUAUUUAUCUGCCACAUUUCAGCUCUAAAAGUUCCCACAAAGCUGCUUAUGACAAACAAUGAAACACAACAAUAUGAACAUCAGACAUAUGAAUGCGGUUUUAAAGCUAACCCAAAAUACUGGUUUCAAGUUAUGGUUAGAUUGUAUAUGUGUGUGUGUGUUUUCCGCUGAGAGGUAUAUGUGCAUAAUUUUUUCUUUCUCUCUCUCUCUUUCUCUGCAGACCUUUGUAGUACUAAACAGAGGCAAAACACUCUUCCGAUUUAGUGCCACGCCUGCCUUGUACAUUUUAAGUCCUUUUAAUCUGUUUAGGAGAAUAGCUAUUAAAAUUUUGAUACAUUCAUAUCCUUUUUUAUGAUAAUAUCGGUUGUCCGUUCUGUAGUCACGUUUCCUGGUAUGUAGGGUUGCUGUGCUGACUAAAAAUAUAUGGAUUGGGUUUAUGGCCCAUGACGCAUCAAUGUUUUUGGUUUUUUUACCCAAACAGUCAGGGGACACCCAAAAAAUGUCUGGAUCCCUGGACGAUCAACUAAAGAAAGACACUUUAUUUGGAAUUACAUUGUUACAGAAUUAAAUGGGGUGGGUGUAUGUAUAUGCAUUUGUGACACAAAAGGUUUGGAUUGCUAAGGGUUGUUCAUUGUGUGCCAGGAGUUGUGUGCCUGCAGAGGCAUUUGCUGGCACCCAGCGGAUUCCUGCCCUGUACUCCUGCAUUGAAAUUAGCACGUUUAGGUGAUUCCCCACCCCUAUUUCAACAAACCAAUGCACUUUUUAAUGCCCCUGCCUUCACUUCCUUGGGAUAUUGGACUGAAAAGUUGACUAUAAAAUAUUAGGAAAUACAAACCUAAAGGUAAAGGCAAAGGAACCCCUGACCGUUAAGUCCAGUCGUGGACGACUCUGGGUUGCGCUGUUCAUCUCGCUUUACUGGCCAAGGGAGCCAGCGUUUGUCCUCAAACAGCUUCCGGGUCAUGUGGCCAGCAUGACUAAGCUGCUUCUGGCAAAACCAGAGCAGCGCACGGAAACGCCGUUUACCUUCCCUCCGGAGUGGUACCUAUUUAUCUACUUGCACUUUGACAUGCUUUUGAACUACUAAGUUGGCAGGAGCUGGGACUGAGCAACGGAAGCUCACCCCGUCGCGGGGAUUCGAACUGCUGACCAUCUGAUCGGCAAGCCCUAGGCUCAGUGGUUUAGACCACAGCGCCACCCGCAUUGAGAACCUAGAGGGCUCUUAUUUAUGCAUCAGCUUUUCUCUGCUUGCAUUACAGUUUUACAGCCUUGACAUUAGGUGCUAAGUAGUGAUGUGUGUCUAAUGUUCAAAGGUGAAAGGGGAUGUUUUCGUUUUAAUGCUUUAAUAGUAGAUUCAGGCUGUAUUCUCACAAGAAAUUUAAAUCAGCUUGGAAUGCGAAUGUGAAACCAAAAUGGGCCAGAAUAAACAUCAAGUUUGAAAUCCCUCACAUCUUCGUUCUAUCAUGCAUUCACAUUCAAUAGAGACUCAAGAUGAUUUAUUAUUCCUCAUGUAUGCAAGCAUUUUAAACAUAUACAUAUGUUUUACAAUAAGCACACAGAGACUUGAAUUAGAUUCUUUCAGAUCUUCUUUACUGCAAUCACUAUUAAUUAAUAUCAAUUUCUUGUAUCCACUGUGAGACUUUAUGAUUCAACACUUGAGAGUCCAUAAUCUGCACCCAGUAUUUGGAACAGUGUGGCUCUUGACUAGAGUUAGACCCAGUUCAGGGGCAACAUCCGAGAAGAACGAGCUAUAUGCCAACUUUCUCCUUCCUCCCCUCUCUGCUUUCCUCUUCACCUCACAUGCACAGCUUCAGCAAAUCUCUUGUUUCAUUAAACCACAGUUUCCCAUUACGUCCUAAUUGAGAAACUGUGGCUUAAGAACUUCCUCCAAAUCAGGAUAUUAAACCAGGUAUAUAUACCACUCAUAUUUAGAUGAAUAGUAGGAGAGUCCACUGCAGCCGCAAACACCUGCUGAAAAACUGUUGCAGUGGUAAUUGCUGAUGAUAUUGUUUUCCGAUUUAAUUCAGUAAGGUUCAGCGGGAGUUUAAUGGGAUGAAAUGAAUAUGUGAUUUCUUACGUUUCAUGCUUCCUUGACUUUAUUCUACAGUAUUUAGCAUGAUCAUUAUGUGCACUAUUUUGACGAACUGUGUGUUCAUGACUUUUAGUAACCCACCAGAGUGGUCGAAACAGGUGGAGUAAGUAGCAAUUCAUUUGUUUGUUUUGUGGGUGGUGGUGUAAAUCUUGCUUAAUUCUUUAAAGUGAUGGUGGCCUCUCUUUUUUUGGAAAGUAUGCUAGGCAGCAAGUUCACAGUAUGCUAUAAUUUGCUGCAAGUUGGCACUUCAGGUUUUUCCUUAAAAAUUGAACUUGGAUCAACCAGACUUUGAAAUGUCUGUCAAAACCUGUGAAAAUAUGUAUUAGAAUGUUUAAUAAUCUAAUAGUCUAUUCCAAAACCUAUCUGUAGUCUAGAAACCAACUAUGUUCUUGGUAUGAGCUUUCAUGUGCAUGCACACUUCUUCAGAUACCAUGUGCAUGCACAUAAAAGCUCAUACCAAGAACAAACUUAGUUGGUCUCUAAGGUGCUACUGGACAAUUUUUUAAAAAAAUAUAUAUAUUUCUAUUGUGUCAGACCAACACGGCUACCUACCUGAAUCUAUCUGCAGUCUGUGAUUGGCCAGAAUAUCUGUGACUGCAUUCCCAUAUCAUGGUAACUGUAGUUUUAAUGUUUUACUGUGGACAUGCUGCAUGUAGAUAGCUCCUGCUCUGCUCUGCUCCUAGCACGUGUGGGUGCAACAAACUACAAGCCCUGGCUAAGCAUUAUAUCCAAACCAGGUGUUUUUGUUUCACUCCAUGCAAGCCAUGAUGUGAGGCCAGCUAUUAAUUAUGCAUCACAAUGAAUUGUGCACUGAGCCACUGUGAGCAGAAAUCCCACCAACUCUUAAAUAAAUCCGAAUCUAAUAUUUUAAUGUGCAACAUUGGCCAUCUCUCUUAAUGAAGACAUUGCUGCAUAUUCUAAACUGUAUUCUGUUUUCCUCCACUGCUUUUCCUUGUUCUGAUAGGUACACAUUCACUGGUAUAUAUACAUUUGAAUCACUUGUGAAAAUUAUUGCAAGAGGCUUCUGCAUAGACGGCUUCACUUUUCUCCGUGACCCAUGGAACUGGCUAGACUUCAGUGUCAUCAUGAUGGCGUAAGUUACGUAUUGUGCUCCUUUUCGUGUCUAGAUAACUGUAUAUGUUAGUGGAAGGAGAAGGAGAAGCAGGCUGCAAAGGAAGUCCAGGAAGGUGACAAAGCAACUGGGCCCUUUGAUCAUUCCUGACUAAUCACUGGUAAACUCGUACAUUGGAUAUGAAAUUCUUCAGGACCGAAAACCUUUCCUGUAAAACAGCUAAACAUUUUUGGACUGCUCUCCAUUGAUAAUCAUUUUUGUAAUUGUUCUAAAUUAGUCUUGAGCUGAAGGUUUCAGCACAAAAUGGAAAGCUAGGAAUAUCCUUAGGAACUUGAAUCCUGGCUCUGCUUCAGGGCACUGUUUUCCAACUGAUCAGCAAGGAGGAAUGAAUGAGCAGGCUUGUCUACAAAAGGCAGUUUGUUGGCUCGCUCUUGUUCAGCCUAUAUUUACAUCUUUUGACUGGGACAGUUUGCCUUUUCAGAUCUGAUAAACUAUGAACAGCCCAGCUAGAGAGAGAAUUCAGAUAUGCCUUUUCAAGUGUAUAUCACAUUUGGCUGGUGUAUCUAUUGUUUUUUUCAAAUGUUUUACUUAACUCAGUAGAAGCAACCCCCCCCCCCAAAAAAAAAACCCUGGGCAUGGUGCAGUUAUCAUAUUUACAUCCAUGAUAUUGGCUCAAAAAACUGAAAAGGAACUGGAGAGACAAUUUUUGCAAUGUGUCCAGAGUGCCUAAUUUCAGGAAUGAUGGUCUACCCUUCUAAAACUCUGGCUGAAUUCUUGGACAUUGGGCAAGUGUUUCAGACAAUGUAUUUGCCUAUAGUAUGAAUCAUGAUAAGCAGAAAGGAAAGGUUCACAAGUAGAUUGAUUAUGUGCACUUGUACAGGCAAACGGAGCAACAAAUUGGGUUGUUCUGCAAAUGAUCUUUUGGUAUACAAAUAUCAUUUUUAUACUAAAUCUGUUGGAGCCCUGAGAAUUCCAGUCAUUUUCAGUCCUUGCACAGCCUGGGGAUAAAUUAACCAAGAUGGCAAAUGUCAACCUUGAAAUUAUGGCCAGGUCCUUUUUAACAAUUUCAGCAUUAAAACACUGUGAACUAACUUCUUAUGUAUCCUUUUCUGUGGAGCUGACUCUAGUGGGGAAGUGAAGGAGGAAACAAGAAAGUAGAGGUUUGGGUUAGGCAACCUGUUUGGGAUUGAGGGCCACAUUGUUUUGUAGGGGAAGUGGGGAGCACAUGUCAGUGGUGGCUGAUAGAGCCAAAGUUCUGUAUAGGAAAAUGGAGGGGGUUGCAUGGGGCACAGGGGGCUGCAUGGAGCCCACAGACCGCAAGUUGCUCACCUGUGUUCAAGGUAAAUCACAGAGCUUAGCAGUACUUUUCCAGCAGACAGAGAUGUCCUUCUGCUUUGGCGAUCACUCGUAGCCGAGUAAGAUUGUCUUCCAUGAACACGGUCUUAACAGUGAGUCCGUAAGUGACUGUGGAGGCCAAUUCUGGAUCCACAUGUCUUUCACAGUGGGGACAUAGGUUUGAGGAUGGGAGUUGAUCAUGGUGAGGGUUUGCCAAACGUGCCUUCCUCUCAGCAUGUUUCUCCCUUUCGUCCUGAGUUUGAGCAUCUUCAAAGUCCAUGACACCUUUAGUAAAGGCUGUUCCCCAAUUGGAGCGCUCGCAAGCCAGUUGGAGCGCUCGCAAGGACAUGUUGGUACCAUUGAAGCAGAAAAUCCAAGUGCCAUCCCCCCACAGUUGACAAUUUCCUGCUCUUUAAUGGAACUCUAAAAUGUGCCUCUCUCAGGAGACCUCUUCCUCCCUACUCUUGUUUUGAAAUCACAAAUGGGAAGCAUAGCUGAAGAAGAAGCCCUGUGAUAAUGGAAACGUCUAAAACUGUUUCAUUUGCAACCUUAGAUUUGUUUCUUUUUUUCUUUCUUCAUGCCACUUCCAAAGCAGUUUACAAUGUGAAUGCUGUUCCCCGCCCCCAACUGAACGUUACACUUUUAUUUUAUUUUUAUUUUUGAAAGCUAGGUAACCCCAAUCGGUGCCAUUAACUCUGGUUUAAUUCUGCAGGUAUAUAACAGAGUUUGUAAACCUAGGCAAUGUUUCAGCUCUGCGCACCUUCAGGGUACUGAGAGCUUUGAAAACUAUUUCUGUAAUUCCAGGUAAGGCUGUUGGUGUUAGGUGUUGGGUCGCAGCUCCCUGUGAGUGAUGUAUUGCUGUCUGUAGUUGUUGUUUUAUUUCCCCCAUUCCCGUUUUUCGUGUGUGUUAUUGUCAUUGUGUCUCUUUGUGUGUGACCUCCCUCGUUGCAGAUAUGUCACAGAGUUUGUGGACCUUGGGAAUGUGUCAGCCUUGAGAACUUUCAGAGUUCUCCGAGCUUUGAAAACUAUCUCUGUCAUUCCAGGUGAGAAAUGCUUCUAUACACGCGCCUUGCAUUUCCCCUCCCUUGCCUUCCUGGUCACUUGCCUUUUCAAAAAUGGCCCUGGCACAUUUUUGAUAGGCCUUGCAUUCUGCAUGAAGUGUAGUGUUUACAACAGUGUAAACAGACGGAUACAGCAAUACAGCAAUAAUGCACUUCAGUCAGUUCCCCUAAGUACUAUAACUGGUGCGAAACAAAGAACUUAAAUUUCCCUUUCAGAACUCCUACGCAUUGUCGUUUCGACUUUUGGGAACUUGGACAUAGCCCAUGAAAUCUCAAACCCAGACCAGUUGAGGACUCUGCAACAAUAUUUCCCAACAUCACCCACGCUGUGCAAAUUGCAUGAUUAUACUUAUUUUUUAGAAAAAAGAAAAAAGGGGCGUUUGUCUGUAUACAACGAAAGUAUCAGUUGUUGCCAGUUAUGGCACUAGGUGACAUUGCGAAACUGCUUGUGUUUUUAAAUAUGUAAAUUUUGAAGUGUGGGAGCUUAGCAUGACAGCUCCCAUAAGACAGUCCCGAGAAGAAUAAAAAAAAAUAAAUGCAGCUGUGUUGAUCCAUUUUACAAUUGCACACACACAUAGCAGCAGUACACAGCAUAACCCCCAGUUUAUUAGGAUCAGCAUGACUAUGCUUAGUUUCCUGGAAGUGAGCUCCACUGAGCUCGGUGGUGCUGUACCACUGACCGCACAGCUUCAACUUCUUAAAACACAUGCUUUUUUGUGUUUCUGUUUUCAAAACAAAAGAGCUUCAGUCAGCUGAAGGGCAACUUUUUAAUUGCAAGUGCAAACAAUUGCAAGUGCAACUCAUUUAAACUGUUAGCGUGAAGUUGGAACCCGUUAAAAAAAUGAAGUAGCCUGCAUUCUCUUGGGCAUUCUCUGACUUCCGCUAAUCCAGAGGUCCGCAAACUUUUUCAGCAGGGGGCCGGUCCAUGGUCCCUCAGACCUGGACUAUAUUUGGGGGGGGGGGUGAAUGAAUUCCUAUGCCCCACAAAUAACCCAGAGGUGCAUUUUAAACAAAAGCACACAUUCUACUCAUGUAAAAACACCAGGCAGGCCCCACAAAUAACCCAGAGGUGCAUUUUAAAUAAAAGCACACAUUCUACUCAUGUAAAAACACGCUGAUUCCCGGACCGUCUUUGAACCGGAUUGAGAAGGUGAUUAGGCCGGAUCCGGCCCCCAGGCCUUAGUUUGCUACCCAUGCUAACAAACAAACUUGAAAGGCUCGUUAUCACUUUAUUCAUUUGCCAAGUGAUGGCAUCAUCACUGCUUCUCUGAAAAACAUCCCUGGUCUUUCCCUCCCCUGUACAGUUGUGCCUACAUCUAGGGAGUAACCCACAUGUGCCAUAAUUUGUGGAAUUCAGGCAUGAGUGUUUAAUAAUAAUAAUAAUAAUAAUUUUUAUUUAUACCCCACCCUCCCCAGCCAAGGCUGGGCUCAGGGCGGCUAACAAGCAAUAAUAAAAACAAGUUGAAUGAAUACAACUUAAAAACAAAAUUAAAAUACAACAUUAAAAUAUUGAAACGUUAAAAUAUUAAAAUGUAGCCUCAUCGCAGGAGGAGAAAGGAAAAGAAAAAAAGAAAGAGGCGGAGGGAAUCAAAUUGGCUCCAAGCCAAAGGCCAGGCGGAACAACUCUGUCUUACAGGCCCUGCGGAAAGAAAUCAGAUCCUGCAGGGCCCUGGUCUCAUGAGGCAGAGCGUUCCACCAGGCUGGAGCCAGUGUUGAAAAGGCCCUGGCUCUGGUUGAAGCUAAUCUAACUUCCUUAGAGCCCGGGACCUCUAGGGUGUUGCUAUUUAUGGACCUUGAGGCUCUCCGUGGGGCAUACCAGGAGAGGUGGUCCCGUACGUAGACCUAGAGUACCUGAUUUGGCAUCCAGAUUGGUCUUCUUAUGAUAUAAUGAAAGCCAGUCAUAUCACACUUCCACACAGUAAACAUAUGUCUUCCUGCAUUGCAUUUAUCUCUGCUGUGGGAAGCAACCUUUCAUGAAGAUGAUUGCCACAGUGACUAGGAUGUCUGCUUGGGAUAUGAUUGUUCCUUUCAGAUGGCUGCUUUGCCCCAGAUAUUUUAUGUGAUUUUGGACUGUGUCACAUGUUACAUUGCGGCCCCCCCCCCCAAAAAAAAAUUAGGCUUGUGCAACUCAUCUAUUCAUGGGAACUCUGCAGAUAACCCACUGAGUGGGCUAAAACCCUAGUAACCCAUUCUUUGCAGCAGCGACUUCUGUGGUCCAAAAUGCAUUUUCGUGGAUUAAUGGAAAUGGAAAGGCAGCCCAAUGUAACAUAUGAAGCAGCUCUUUUCCUUUGUUUAAAAAUAAUGAGCUUAAUCCCUCCGCCUCAUGUGUUAACAUAGUUUUGGGUGGGUAGGUGUGUGCAGAAAUAUGUUAAAUGCACUGUAAGUUAAUGUCUUGCUGAAAUGGGUUAACCGAGGUCUAGAGCAUGCAAACAAGCCGGCAAAAGUGGGCCUUUCUGGUUAUGUAAUCACGAUGUUCGCUUGAGGAAAUGUUUGGAAACAUUUGGGAUUGAAGCAUAUGUGCUUUGCUUAGCCUUGGAAUAUGAAUCCUGUGCAUGAUGUAACAUUUCCAGCCUUUGCUUGGGCCCGGCUCAUAUAAUCCAGCUUGCUUCACGUUGUCUAAUGCCUGCUGAAUACUUGUAAGAUCAACCUUUUCCCAUUUCCCAGAAGUGAGCGUUUCAGUCACAAUGAAUAGUUCUAUGAUCACUUCACUGGAAAAAAGCUUUUAGAAAGGUUAUGUUCUCCUCUGUUCCAUUGACGGUAUUUAUAUUAGUCAUAUACUGCUGCUGUAGUCCAAGGUAAUUGUCCUCUAGGUUGUAGACUGUAUUCAAAGGCAGUCCACAUUGAUUGACCUCUCCUAAAGGGGCACAGUAUAGAUUUGGUUCUUUCAAAAUGCCAGUGUAGAGUUUUGUGUGUCCUAAAAUCCAUAGUGAUAACGUGCAACAUGUUCCCAGAAACCUAGGAAUUGAUAAGACAAUGCUUUCUUUAGCUGCGCCGCACACAAGCCGAAAGGUUGCCAUCGGGUGUGUUUAUUCAGAACCAGGGUAUAUCUACUGGAAUGAUUCUUCUGGCCAGACAUUACACUCUGGGAUUGUACCAAUUCUUGGAGAGCCAGUGUGGUGUAGUGGUUAAGAGCGGUAGUCUCGCAAUCUGGGGAACCAGGUUCGCGUCUCCGCUCCUCCACAUGCAGCUGCUGGAUGACCUUGGGCUAGUCACACUUCUCUGAAGUCUCUCAGCCCCACUCACCUCACAGAGUGUUUGUAGUGGGGGAGGAAGGGAAAGGAGAAUGUUAGCCGCUUUGAGACUUCUUCGAGUAGUGAUAAAGCAGGAUAUCAAAUCCAAACUCUUCUUCUUCUUGGUGUGCUUCUAGCCCUUGUGGCAAAGGACUUCUCCACAACAUCUUCACAAAUUCUUUCCCCCAUUUCUCUAUGUAUGCCUAAUGAUAUUCUCCCCCAUACCACCAAUGGUAGCAACUGGAGGGGCAGCCGUCUCAAUUGGGAUGCCUUGCUUAUGGAAUACUCUCCGCCAAGGAGGCUUGUGUGGCACCAACUUUGAUGUAUUGGAUGCCAGACAAAGAUAGGUUUUGAACUGGUUUCGUUUCGUUUAAUUGUUGCUUUUCAUCCAGCUGCUUACACCUCCUCGUUGUAUAUCAGCCUACCCCUAACCUGCUGCCCUCCAAGUGCAGGUGCACUCCAAAUACUACCAGUCUCAGCUAGCGUGUUCAGAGAGUGAAUGGUCUGAGAGGCACCGAUAUUGUGGCAUUGCUGCCGCUAAGGGAUUUUGGACCUGAUCAAUACCUGGGUUGUGGCUUACAGGGAGCUUUUUGCAAGCUGCUCUGAGCUGUCCAAAAAAAGAGCGGCCCAUAUGCAGAUUGCAAUAAAAUAAAGUAUGGUGAUCUUUGGGAAUGAUGGCAGCUGGAGGGCCAAGUUAGAUACCUCAUGUAUAUUACAAGUGACAGGAAUAGUGCAUCGAGCGCUUGACAUAAAUGUGCAUCCAUCACAGAACUGGAGUAUCAAAACAGCGUGCUUGCAAAAUACACUGCAACAAAAGCUAUUUAUUUGUAUACCUUAAUCCCACUGGAUAGAUCAGAAGGUGCUCUUUAUUGUCACUUGUGGGAAUGCCUUUAGUGAGGAGGGGGUGAGUCAUGAACUUAGAACAAAAUGAACGAAUGAGCACCCCUUCCAAAGCUUUAUAAACUGGAGCCCUUUGGGAACGCUUGAAAGCAGCGACGAGGGGGAUGUUAAUAUCAAUUACAGCUGCAUGAAAGCACCAAGGGGCUGGAGAGGGAAAGAGACUCAGGGCUCUGAGUCAGGAAAUGGCUGAAAUUUCAGAACUGGGAGUAAUAAAAUUGUCUGGAAAUGCUUGGAUCAAGUGGUAGAUUGAGGGGAGCAAGAAAUUAAUAAGUCAGAACAUUUAAUGGCUCAUUAGAUGCCACUAAUGGGCAUAAAUUAAAGGAAAGGAGAGUGAGUUAAAUGGGUUGGUGUAUUAGCUGGGGAGAAAACAGUGCAGCUGGUUACUUUGAUUAGAAGGUUGCUGGCUGUACCACAUCUUAGGGUUACUUUAAAAAUCAGUGUUGUACAACCGUUGAGUUAAGAUUGGGAGGGUGUUCAUUGAUGAUGUUGACUAGGAGAAAUGGAUCAAUUGAAAACAGAUAGAAGCAUUUGAAACAAAAUAAACCGAGAAGUCUGAGGGAGCUCAAGAAGGCAUUUGGACAAAAAAACCUAAAAAAUUCCUAUGCUAACUUUUGAUCCUACUUACGGCUUGAUGUAGGAAAGGUACUUUCAGAACAUAUUUACUGUAGGUAUUUGGCCCAGGAAUGCAGUUUGGGAUUGUGCCAAGUUUAUUCCUCCUGCAACAUGGUGGCAAGGCCUUUGCACAACACACCCUCUGAUUCCUCUUGCUUCUCGCCCAUUCAUCUUCCUUUAUCUUUUGCAGCAUCUGAAAUAAACUCUUCUGUGUUUGGAAAUACAUCAAAUCGAGAAAUAAACCUGUGUGAAAGGGCAAAGCAUGCCUGUGGAACCUUUGGUUCUCCAGAUGUUGCUGGUGUUCAUUUUGCUGGUUUCCAUUUCCCCCCAAAAUUCAGCUCCCCCCACCCCAGGAGGGGAGGGGGGGAAACUGUUUCCCACCCAUGGUUUCAGAAUUUCCAGAAAUUUUACAUCUCUUCCAGGAACCACUGCUGAUGGAAUCCACCAUGCAUUAGAUUAAUUCAGGGAAUUUUGUGUAAGCCUGGCCACAACAAAAAAAUAAUGUGCAUUCUUUAUCUGACUUCAUCCUUCUAGCGCUAUUACCAAAUCACCCAGAAAGGUUAUAGCAGGUGUGUUGUUCCAUGUGCUCUUCAGUGCUGUUUCUGAUCUAGUUCAUCCAUUGGUAAUUUAUGGGGACUCCAAGCAUAGGCACAUGCUGGUGUCACCAGCACUUGUAAGUUGUCCCAUCAGCACAAUGAUUUUCACUUGAGCAACUGGACUCCCCCUUUUCCCUUCUCUCUGUGCACCCCUUAAAUCUGUUCCGAGGGGUUCCCCCAAAGCUCUGGAUGCUGUUGGGAAAUAAUGGAACAAAGCCUCAUAAACUGAAUUUCUGCGCAUUCAAGCCAAGAAGGCUUUAUUAACAGGAUAAGUUAAGAAACUAUUACCACAUAGUUUAGGAGAAUGGCUGAUUCCCACCCCCACCCCCCAGUACCUGAGAUUGUGGAGUCAUGUUAUAUGUUGUUCUUUGAAACUUCCUCCUCAUACUUCCGAUGCUUGCUUGCUGCUAUGGUAUCUUUUGUGAUACUUUCAUCAUUUAACCCUAUUGGUAUCCCCACAUUGAAAACAUCAAAGUACCAAGCCUAUUUGGGUAUAUUCAUGAACAAGACAAAGCUUGCUUUCAUCACAACUUGUGACCUACAAUAAAAGACGCUCUACUUUUGAGUUAUAAUCUAAGCUCUCAUAGUAGAUGUGCUUUGCUGUAUCUUGCAAAGAUGUCGCUUGAAGCUUCACAUAGAAGAGGCAGAGCAUGGAGUGUAUUUCAAAGAUUUUCCUUGUUCGUUAUCAUAAACUGAUUUUAUCUUUAUGGAAGAUUAUGCUUUUCCCCCCUUAAUGGUUCAGAGCAAUGUUUGCUGGAAAUAGAGCAGUGAUAAUGAAUAAGUGAGAACUAGUUUGGUAUAGUGGUUAGAAUGUUGGACUGGGACCUAAGAGACCAGGGUUCAAAUCACUGCUCAGCCAUGAAACUCACUGGGUGAAUCCAAUUUAUCCUCCCCACAGCAACAUGUGAUAGGUUACCCUGAGAGGCAGUGAUUAUUCCAAAGUCCUCCAGUGAACUUUGGUGGCCAAGUAAGGAUUUGAAUCAGGAGUCCAGGGUUAGGACUGGGAACAGCUGGUUUUUAUUUUUUUUACUAAGAUCUACCCUCCCUGUUUUUUAAGACACACAAAAAAGUCAAAAUGCCCCACCAGAGAAUAGUUUAAAAGUUUCCACAACUGUGAAAAGGAUAUGGUUUGUGUUGUUUUUAAUUUCUGUACAGUGGGGGGGAGAAAGAUUUUGAAUCGGCUGUUCUUAUCGGUAUAUAAUAUUAGGGAAAUUCUGAAAGAAUGGGGACACAGCAAUGCAGACUGAGUGUACCCAGCUCGACAUUUUCUUAAAAUUUAUUUUCCCUUUCAUGUGAAGGUACCAUAUGAAAUCAGCGAGUUGCACAAACUCUAGCUGCCUUCACUAGAUGUUUGUGUUCAGGGACAGUGAAUUAACUGUGUGCUAUCCCCUUAACGUAACCCAACCUUCAGCCUCACCUUAAGCUAGGAAAAAUUUCCCCUCAGGCCAGGGAACUGCACAUGUCCCUGUUUAAUGAACCACUUACAUUCCCGAUACCUGUAUAGUGAGGAGUAUGAAUCCGGUAAAUAAGGUUCAGAAGGCAAUACAGUCGACUUAUUGUGGAAUGGGUGGGCAGAGGACCAUAGCAAAAUACUCCUUGACUUCCCUGUUGUCAAGAAAAUGUAGUAUGUAGCCCAUAGGUAGCUACUUUUCCUAAGAUUCCACAGGAAUUCCAAGACUGCUUUCCCUUUCCUCAGGCCUGAAGACCAUCGUGGGAGCCCUGAUCCAGUCUGUGAAGAAGCUGUCAGAUGUGAUGAUUUUGACAGUGUUUUGCCUCAGCGUAUUUGCUUUAAUUGGGCUACAGCUGUUCAUGGGGAAUCUAAGGAACAAGUGUGUCAUCUGGCCCAUUGAUCUCAAUGAGACCUACCUGGAAAAUGGCACCAAGGGCUUUGACUGGGAAGAAUACACCAACAAUGUUUGUAAGUGUGUGCGGCUGUUUUUUCCUAGCACAAUUCUGUCUAAAUAAUUAUGGCUGUGAGAUUUGCUGGGUUAACCAUCAUGACUUAAAAUGUUACUAAAGCCAGAAAUGGUUCUUCUCUGGAGGAAAGGUGUCUAUUUUGACCAGUAUUUCUCUUUUGCACUGUAUGCUUCCCUCUUUUCCUUUCAUAGAAAAGCCCCUGUGCUUUUGCCAUGAUACUUAAAAUCUGGUUCUGUGUAGAGUCCUUUUUUAUUAUCUGUUCAAAAAACCUGCCCUGCAGACUGCUCCCCAGUGUUUAUUAUGAAUUGGGCCUCAUGAGAGCCAGUGUGGUGUAGUGGUUAAGAGCGGUAGUCUCGUAAUCUGGGGAACCAGGUUCGCGUCUCCGCUCCUCCACAUGCAGCUGCUGGGUGACCUUGGGCCAGUCACACUUCUUUGAAGUCUCUCAGCCCCACUCACCUCACAGAGUGUUUGUUGUAGGGGAGGAAGGGAAAGGAGAAUGUUAGCCGCUUUGAGACUCCUUAAAGGGAGUGAAAGGCGGGAUCUCAAAUCCAAACUCCUCUUCUUCUUCUUCUUCUUCUCAUAUUUAUAAUCUUUUGUUCAGUUUUGCAAAGGGUGUUUGUUUGUUUGUUUAAAAAAUUAAAGUCUCAAUAAUGACUUUACAAAGUAUUGGUCUUGGGGGGAAAUACUUAGGAAUUCCAUAUCCCUGUAAGAGAAUAAACCCGCCUCAUGUAGCAAUUGACAUAAGAGGUUGUCAUCGCGCUAGCAUACAGAGUGUCAGAAUUAUACUCUGCAAAGUGGGAGGAUAAUUCAAUCAUAUGACAACUGCCCUCCCUACCCAAACACCUGCGCUGUGAAAUAGUAAAGUCCCAAAUGACCUUGCACUCAUGGUACUGUGGUUGUGAAAUGCUAAUAUCCCAGCUUGUGGAUCACAUUAACUGACUGUGCUCUUGUUUCUUCUUCUUCUUCCUCUUCCUCCUCUUCUUCUCCUUCUUCUAUUUUUCUUCCUCCCCCGUACCUUCUGUAGCCAAUUUUUACACAUUACCUGGGUUUCUUGAUCCUUUGUUGUGCGGUAACAGCUCUGACGCAGGGUAAGUUCUCAGUUCAGAUUAUCUCUGUCUCUCACUUUGACAAACUACUUUUGAAAGAGAGAAAAAGUCAAUAGGUAUGGAUUACACUCCAAAAGUACUUAAAUAAAUUCAUUUGUAAAGCAAUUGGUUUACCUGGUACCUUGUCACCUUAUGUCUUCCCGACUAUUUAACUUUUUUUUAAUGGAGACGCCUACUGUAUCUUACUUAAAGCAUACAUUAAGCAGACAUGCAGAUGUGCACAGAGCUUAUACAUGAUACAGGACUUGGACUCUACCUUCUUUUUUCACCCAAGUCCACUUGAGAGUCACACAAUGGACUUCAGCGUUGGAACAGGGAACAAUACGUGUUAGGCCCGAUCCAGAUUGUUAUAACUGCCCCAACUCAGGCAAAGUGGUAUAAUCAUUCCUACAUAUAUUGAUUUUUAGCCUAUUAAAAUGUGAGGAUGUAUUACAAGCUUGGGGGAGGGGUGUCUACAAUCCUAAUUUUCCACCAUGUGAGCACAUCAGCAUUGAUAGGUCAGUGCUGAUACCAGGAGUGGCUCAACCUGUAGGGCAGAGCUGCAGCAAUAACCAACAGAAAGGCAGAAUGCAAAGUCAGGGCUGCACAGAUGCACCGGCAGAGCCAAUCCUGACUGAUGUACCCAUUCCUGUGCAUCUUAAACUGCAAUAUUCCAUAUAUGAACCACACUGGUUGAAUGCCUUGCUGUGUGGUUGUUUGCUGGAGAAUAUGCGGUUAACACUUGCAGAACAAUUAUGCAGUAUUUAUGCAGAGGCAAGUGCAAUCAAAACUGCUUCUAUUUUGAACUCUUGAUUUUUGCUGUGGAAGCUGCCAGUUCAAUUCAUGUUUGUGUUUUGUUUUAGUAUUCCAGAAAUUCACAUUUGUGUGCUACAUUUGUGUACUUGCCUAUGAAUUGCACAGAUGGGACUGUAUACGGGUGAAUGAAUCACUCUUGUAAUAAAAUUAUUCCAUGGAUGUAAAGAAAAUCCAUGAAGUCAUACAGAAAGUCUACUCUUCCAUCAUACAUUUGUUUUACUUAAUAUGGGAUUUCUGACCUGCCCUUCACUGUAAGGUUUCCAGUGCAAGUUCCGACAACAAUAUACAUUUAAUUCAGGUAAAAGAGUUUAAAAUUAGUGCUAAUACGCCCAGGAACUCACCAAAAUGCUGGAGAGGGUGCACCUCCACAGACACAUACCUCCACAUGUGGUGGGAAUGCCCAAAAAUCCAACCAUUCUGGACAACAGCCAUAUGAGAAAUAUGUAAAAUAACUAAGCAAGUAUUAGAAAUCACUCCAGAAUUGGCCCUACUAAACAUCUUCAAAGACAAUAAUGUCCUCUCACAUCACAAAGAACUCAUAACCCACCUACUCUCAGCAGCCAGAAGCAUCAUAACCAGACACUGGAGAGACCUAUCAGGAGUAAGCAGGGACCAAUGGUACCAAAUAGUAUGGGAAACAGACUUACUAGAAAAAUUAACCAAUAAACUGAAACUGACACGGGGACAAAUAGAAGAAGAUGCCUUCACCCUGGUAUGGCUCCCCUUUAUCACAUACAUAGUCCAACAAGACAACGACAAGAAUCCACCAACAGUAUACGAAUCAAUAUGGCUAACCUGACUCAAAAACACCCACCCACCCCACUCACACAUGAAAACUAAGUUCGUCACAGCCAAUCACAAACAAGCAACCACACCCUAGGCCAACCCCAACUUCUCUCACCACCAAAGGAACACAAGCGAAUAUCAAAGAGAACCUGCACAAACGACACUGACGCAAACCCCCACACAUACAUUAAGUAAAAUUAGAAACAUCCCCACCCCCACCCUACCCCCACUCACCACUCUCAACUCCACCUCUUCCCACCCCCUUUUCUUCCUAAUGUAACCCUAAUGUCUCAACAAAUGAAACUGGCCUUCAGAAAAUGUAACUUGAAAAUAGAGACACUGCACAUACUUUUGUAAACCAAGAAAUCUUUAAUAACAUGCCCCCCCCCAAAAAAGAUGGAAGGUAAAAGAGUUUAAAUGAGAAACUUUUACAAUUCAAGUAAGGAACCAACACAAUACAGUAGUAACAUCAGGCUUGCUGAAAGCAGACUGUUGAAUUGGGGGCAGCGAAAGCAUUCACCGUGAGCCUUCCUCUUUCUGAUCUAAUAGCUCCUACCAUGCCAACUAGCUUAAAUUUCUUCCAUCUUGUCUGCAGCCAAUGCCCUGAGGGCUUUACAUGCAUGAAAGCAGGGAGGAAUCCAAACUAUGGCUACACCAGCUUUGAUACCUUCAGUUGGGCUUUCCUGGCCUUAUUUCGCCUCAUGACUCAGGAUUUCUGGGAAAACUUGUAUCAGUUAGUAAGUAUGACAUCUCCUAUCCUUUACUUAUGUGUGAAGAGUCUCCUUCGGCCUGCAUCAGGGGCCACCUAGCGGUCUGCAAAAAAAAUGAAAGGCGCAGUUGUAUGUAAUUAUGUCUGUGAAAAAUGACAGAAGCAUUUUCUGGCGUCAAAUGAAUUAGCAUCAAAACAGCAGCUGUGAUUCGGCUGAGUACAAAGCAUUCCUUGCACUGGCUCAGCUUGAAUGUGACACUAAGCCAAACUAUGGCUUAACUCAAAUACCCAGUCGUAUGGCCUCCCAGAGAGGAGACUGCAGCAGCUCUGCUCCUCCAGUCCCGCUGCUGGGAGCUAAACCAUGGUUUGCAUGUCAUCCGAAUCUGGGUUUGUGGUUUGUCACCGUCGUACAAACCACAAGCCGUAAGCCAAGAACAAACCUUGGUUACAGCUUGUGGGGUGUCUGGAGCAAGGCAAACCACAAGCCUAGGUUCAGAUGACACACUGAGCCAAACCAUGGUUUAGCUCACAACAACAGGGUGGCAGCAGAAUGGAAGGAGCAGCAAAGUGGCCGUGUUCUCUUCUCCAGGAGACUGCAAGUUUGUGUGUGCCAUGACUAAACAAAGAAUACCAACACACAUAGGGAAUGCAGAACCAUCUACACCAGCCCAGCCCAAUUGUCAGGGUGCUGUCAGUGGCUCCCGGCUAGUUGCCCAGGAAAGUAUAAAGACAAGGAAAAAUUAUUACCGUCCUUUUUUAUGUCAGUCUUUACAGAGAGAGGCUAUAGAACCCAGCUAACUCUUGGAUAAUGGCGUUGUCUCAAGUUAAUCUCUACCCCCCCCAUCUCUCCCACUUCCUCAUUCAUUACUUCUACGGGUGCUUUGUCUUUGAGGUCUUUGCUCUCCUAUUUUUAAGGCUCACCGGGUUCUGGGAGAUGGAAGGUCUGGGAUGCUUUCUAAUGACAACGUGUCAGCCAGGUGUUGUUCUGGUUCUGCCUCCUCCUCUCCCAUUAUUUCCCAACUUUUUUCCUCAUCUGCCUCUGAGCUGUGACCUCCCUCAAACCCCUUGUUGUAAAUCUAUACUGUCUUCAUCUUCCUCCUCCCUGGAAGGGUCAGGUUGGGGAGGCGGUCUCCGCCAUUCCUCCUCUGCCCAGUUCCUGACACCAAUGUGCUAUAGCAGGGGUAUCCAACCAGUAGAUCUCCAGCUGAUCCUGGUAGAUCACGGGAUCCUUAUUGUGUACAAAAAGUUAUGGGGGUGGGAAGCUUAAAAACUCUAUGCAAUCCUCCCCAAAAAUGCUCAACAACUCUGGGCAAUCCACCUACCCCAUGCACACUCCUCCUCCCUCCAAUGACAAUGAGUAGAUCACCACCAGUUUUUUUAUACUGGGAGUAGAUCACAGUCUCUUGGGAGCUGGAUCUGCCUGCGCUAUAGCUUUGUAGAUUCCCUUUGUCCUGUGCUGAUGGAUAGAAAACAUAUGCAUGGUGUUGCUCACAAAAGUGCAAAUGAGUGGAAGGGGAGGGACCAUAGGUAUGGCAGCAGGGUUUUCAGGGAAGGGAUAGAAUAUUAUAUGCAGUGUUGAAAUAUCCGGUCUUAGACAUUUUUGCACCCAAAGCGAAAAUGGUUAAAAUGAUACCUUCCUGUUGUAGAUUGGAACAUGUGGGUUAUUUAAAAAAAAAAAAAAAGAUACACAGAGAUGGAGAAAGGAGGCAGGAAACUGAUACUCCCUCUGUACACAAGGACUGCUUUGUGUUGCUUUGUUGUAAGUUUGGAAUCAUAAACCACCCACCCCAUAUUUUGCAGGGCUCUUUUUUGGGGGGGGGUAAUUUUUACAUUUUCAGAGAGUGGUGGGGCAGGGGGGAAGGCUUACCAUUUUGAGAAGAUGCGGCAGAGGUUAUUUCCCUUUAACUGGCCAAAUGGAACAGCUGUCUUCCCCCCCUUCCUUCAGGCCCAUGGGAAUAAUGUUACAUUGUAAGGUGAAGUGUCAGCGUGGUGUAGUGGUUAGAGCAUUGGACUAGGAGUUGGAACACUAGGGUUCAAAUCCCUGCUCAGUCAUGAAACUCAUUGGGUGAGCUUGGGCUAGUCUCAGUUUCUGAACCUAACCAACCUCGCGGGAUUGUUGUGAAAAUAAAAUGGGCAGGAAGAGGAACAUGUAUUCCACCUUGAGGAAUGGUGGGAUAUAAAGGCAAUAAACAAACCAACAAAUAGGUAGGAAAUUAUUACCAUUGUGUCAGAGGACAAUUAGUACCAGCCAUUAUGGCUCUUCUCUUAAUGGGGAGUUUCUUGCCACCAAUUAUGAAUAGAUUUUACCCUCCCACAAAAGUACUUUGUUCUUUUCCAACCUUUUCUGCCUCACACUACCCCACCAAAGGGCCAAAAAUAAUAAUUAGGGCAGAUAUUUCAGCCCAGCAAUACGUGAACUUCCAUUUUCCUAUACAUACUGCAGCAGCAUCAUAAAUGCUGCCGUUCUGGUUACCCCAAUAUUUCUAAAGAAUCAAAAGAGAGAGAGAAUUCCUAUUAGGAAAGGCAAAAAGUGAUUGCAGUCUUUUCAGCUUAGGAAAGCAAUGACAGGAGAGAUGUUAUGGUUAACGUAUACAAAAUCAAAGAGCAUUCAGAAAAAAAGACACACCCUUUCACAUAGUAGUGCUGUAGCUGGCCAGCCAUGACACUGCAUCGGUCAUGAGCAGAGGUGUCAUACCUUCACAUGCACAUAAGAGGACAAGGGUGGCGCUGUGGUCUAAACCACUGAGCCUCUUGGGCUUGCCGAUCGGAAGGUCGGCGGUUCGAAUCCCUGUGACAGAGUGAGCUCCCGUUGCUCUGUCCCAGCUUCUGCUAACCUAGCAGUUUGAAAUCACACCAAUGCAAGUAGAUAAAUAGGUAUCGCUGUGGCAGGAAGGUAAACUUGUAUUUCCGUGUGCUCUGGUUUCCGUCACGGUGUCCUGUCGUGCCAGAAGCGGUAUAGUCAUGCUGGCCACAUGACCCAGAAAGCUGUCUGUGGACAAACACCAGCUCCCUCUGCCUGAAAGCGAGAUGAGCUCUGCAACCCCAUUGUCACCUUUGAAUGGACUUAACCAUCCUGGGGUCCUUUACCUUUACCUAGGAGGAAGAGGGUACUUUAAUUCAAAUCACCUUUUGCUUGGUAAAAGGUUCUCUCAACACCCCCUGGGUUUCUGCUUGCCUUAUGGGGUUCCCAGCACUGGGUUCCCAGCACCUCAAGUGGUCUUCUAACAACUAACAUGCCACAAACCAAUCUUGGGUUCAGCGACCAAAAUAGGAAACCUCACAAUGACCUCUUUUUCUUCGCAGACUUUGCGAGCAGCGGGAAAAACCUACAUGAUCUUUUUCGUCCUGGUUAUUUUCGUUGGGUCGUUCUACCUGGUAAACUUGAUUUUGGCUGUGGUGGCCAUGGCCUAUGAAGAACAAAACCAGGCGACACUGGAAGAGGCGGAGCAAAAGGAGGCAGAAUUCAAGGCCAUGUUGGAACAGCUGAAAAAGCAACAGGAGGAAGCUCAGGUUAUUCCCUAACGUGCCCCACCAUAUUGUGCUUUCUCAUUUUAUAGAGAGCACAGGCUAAUGUAAUCCUAAUAAUAAACACAUAAUCCAAUCUGUGUUCCAUUGGAAACUGGAGAGUUUGCUGUUCUCUCCAUGGCUAGAGUCUAAUUAAUCACAUUGUUUAGAGGCUGGAAGGAAUUCAUGCAAGGUGCUACAAUUUGGUUAUCUUGGUUCUUCCUACUCCACGCCCCCCCCCCACUGCAGGCUGCAGCCAUGGCCACUUCAGCAGGGACAGUCUCAGAAGAUGCUGUGGAAGAGGAUGGCGGAGGAAGGAUGUCCCAGAGCUCUUCCGAGAUCUCCAAACUCAGCUCUAAGAGUGCCAAGGAGAGGCGGAACAGGAGGAAGAAGCGGAAGCAGAAGGAGCUGUCGGAAGGAGAAGAGAAGGGAGAUGUUGAGAAGGUGUUUAAGUCUGAGUCGGAAGAUGGCAUGAGGAGGAAGGUCUUCCGCUUGCCAGACAACAGGUUGGGGCGGAAACUUUCCAUCAUGAACCAGGUACAGUUUGCAGGCCCUGCAAGUGAAAACUUUGUGUUGGGUGGAAUGUCUCAGAGGAAUGGCUGGACUGGAGUCUUUCCUCACCUUCCCUGAUAGUACUAUUUUCCUUCUUUCAGUCUUUCUCGUGCUAUAUUGCAGCCAUGUAUAUACAUCAGUGUUUGGCACGAUAUGUCCUAGCUGCCUCUGCGCCAUAAAGCUGCCCACCAGUCUUCAUACCCACUCCUCAAUAAGGGGUGAAGUUGGAAUGAUGUAAUUCAAAAUGCCAGGAAGACAGGUUUUUCUAUAAAGUGGAAUGGAAGUAAUGCCAUAUUCCACUUCAUUUGUACUGCCUCUGCUUAAACCGAGCACCAGUCUCUCCAAAAUAAAGAAAUCACUGGGUUAUAUGCAACUUUAGUCAUACUCAGAGUAGACACACUGAAAUUAAGACAUGGCUAAUGUUGUUUGCAUCCGUCUGUCUUGGGAGACAAUGGAGGAGUGCACCUUUAGGCAUAAGGUCAAACAUUGCUCUGCUAAUUCUAAUGGGUUUACUCUGAGCAAAACUUAGUUGGCUAUUGCCUAUUACCUUCCAUUGACAAACUUUGAUUGCAAACUAUCAAAUGCAUUCCAGAUCAAUUUUGGUACAAUCAGUUGCCUGACUGACCAUGUCAUUGCAUCUCUUGGUGGACAUUCUCUUUGUUUUCAUGCCGUUGCUAAAAAGCAAAGGUGUUCAGUUACUUUGUCUUGAGAAAGUAGUAAGUGCUCUAGAGAAGUCCCUAUUGCUCUUUAAACAAUCCAUGAAUACCCCAAAGGGGACAUGUUGAGAGCAGUUAGUUCCCAUGGUGAGGCUGAAAACUUGUUGAAAAGAGUUGGUUUAAUGGAGGAGAGACAUGUAUUGGUCAAAUCAAAACUGUAGACAUUUUCUACCAAAGACUUUUAUCUAUCUAAAUAUGUAGAGAUACAUACAGUGGUACCUUGGUUUACAACCGUUUGGGAUUACAACCAUUUUGAAUUACAACCACGUCAAACCUGGAAGUGUGUGUCCCUUUUUUUGGAUUACAACCCAUUUUUUUUUUAUUACAACCUUUUUCUUUCUUUUCUUUGAGGCCCCAUUGGCGAAAGCAUGCCUUGGGUUACAACUUGUUUUGGUUUACAACUGGACCUCCAGAACAGAUUAUGGUUGUAAACCAAGGUACCACUGUAAAUGGCAGUUUGGGUUUCUCUGGGCGAUCCAAGGGGUAAAUGAGGACCACGAAGCAGUGGAGGGUGACAUGUGCUAUUAAAUCCAUAUAUUAAUUGAAACUAAUCAGCUGAUUCCUUUGCUACCAACCUCUAGCGUUUUCACGAUGGAGAAUUCGCCACCACCACCCUUUUUUUCUUCUUCAUCCGAUUGCGCGGUAAAUUCUAUGUUUUUGCCUGUUGCUGGUGCUUUAUAGCUUCCUGUCCGCAUUCCUCUUCCAUCUUCCUGCUUCCUCUCUCCUUCCAGUCGCUGCUCAGCAUCCCAGGAUCUCCCUAUCUCUCCCGGCACAACAGCAAAAGCAGCAUCUUCAGCUUCAAGAGAGGUUUCCGCGACCCGGGUUCAGAAAACGAAUUUGCUGAUGACGAGCACAGCACAGUGGAAGAGAGCGAGGGCCGGAGGGAUUCCCUCUUCAUCCCGAUCCGGGGCCACGAGAGGAAAAGCAGCUACAGCGGUUACAGCGGCUACAGCCAGGGGAGCAGAUCGUCCCGCAUCUUUCCCAGCAUCCGCCGGAACAUGAAGCGGAACAGCACCGUGGACUGCAACGGCGUGGUCUCCCUGAUUGGUGGCCCAACCUCCAACAUACCCAGCGGACGGCUUCUGCCUGAGGUGAAAAUAGAUAAGGCAGCUACUGAUGACAGCGUAAGGAAGUCAAUGAGUAGAUAGUCUAGGCAUGGAGGCCCACCCUUCUCUCUGCUUUCCUGUAUGCCGCCAAAACGGAUCCUUUGACGGAAUGAAACUUGGUUUGUCUAGCCAACAGAUGUUAUAGUCUGAACCCUUAUCCCAGGCUCCUCUGCUUCUUAAUCUUCUUCACUUUCCCUUCUUUCCCAGAUUAACCUACUCACAUAUUUCCUUCUCUUUUCUCUUCUGGCUUCUAAGAAAAAAUGGCUUGGAAAAAAAUUAUGUAUCUUUUUGAGGAAUGAGAAGUGAUCAAGUACACUGUUUGUUAAAUCAAAUCCCUCAGAAGUUUCAAAAUGUGCCGGAACAUCUGGGCGUGAAUGGGCUAGGCCAGAAAUUUCUUAAUCCCACUCAUGCAAUUAGGAUUAAUUUUGUAUAAAUCUUGCUCAACGUAUUAAUAUCCUAUCUGUUUACUUGCUUUUUAUUUUGGACAUCUCAGUCCGUAUUUUAGAAACGAGAUGAAUAAGGCAAGUUCUAGUGUAAAAAGAAGUUACAAAAAAACCACACACACAACCCAAAUCAUUUAGGAAUUUCUAGGGUAGUGAGAAACAAGACUUUCUCCACGCAGAGUCAGAAGCAGUAAACCUGUGACUGAGCUGCACCAUUUUAGAGACUUCAGAUCACUGAAUACCCCUUAACUACCAAAAAACAAACCAUAGAUGUCGAAGAGACUGUAGUUUUCUCCAUGGGGGAUAGUUGUUUGUGUGGAGUGACAGGCUUUGAGGUGAAUUUCCCCAUAUAUGAAUAGCUGGAACAGGAGCUGGGGCGAGGCUUGGUUUUUCCUACAGGACCAAUCAAAAUCCUCCUGCACCCCCAUCUUGCACCCUCUCCAUUGUUAAUCUGAACUGAUACAGCCCAGGUUUAGGUUUACUGGAUCAGUUAGGUUAGAACUAUGCCAGAGAAUAAAGGCAAACAAAAGGUACAGGGUCACCUGUAAGCCAAAACCAUUGCCACCAAUCCUAAACACACUUGCUCCCAUUAUGGCCAAAGGAAGUUGCUCCAGAGUGAGUGUUAUUUAUGAAUAGCAUCACCGUCUUUGGCCAAAGUGCACAUGGGAAGCCUUAUUCCUGUGUCCUUAAAUUCCAAGCUUUUUUUUCCUUAAAAAAACAAAACCCCUCUUUGUCUAGGUUCUUGCAAACUAAAUGAAACUACUCCUUCCCAGUCCUUUUUUUCCCUCCUUAAGAAUGUUUGAAACCCUUCCUAGUUACUUUCAGCUUCAGUUACUACCACUUUCUCUAGUUAGCAUGCUAGUCUACUGUGCUCUUUCCAGACUUGGUCCUCUAACAGCAUGGAAAUGUUACAGACUGUUAACUUUAGCAUGACGCAUGCAUGAAAGGCAACCUAAGAUACAUAUCUGUAUUGCGUGAUGCCUGUCAUCCGAUAGUUCUUUGGGACAGUGGCUAUAAUCUGUUGUUAAACAAGAGAAACACCUAAUCUUCAUCAUCACAUCUGAGAGACCACAUGAGCCAUGCAGGCUUUUCAUGGAGUAAAUAUUUUAUUUCAAACCUCUAUAUGCUCAGACCCAAAGCAGCAAAUGCUGAGUUUUGCUUGAUUGAAGCAAGCAGCAUUUGUCGUUCCCUAGGUCUGUCCCUGCUCCCAUUUACAAAGAAGCAUAGAAGGGAGUAGAUUCUCAGUUAUUUAUGUUUACCAGUCACGAUUAAAUGGCCAAUGGGAAAUUCAGCUUUAGACAAACCAUAUUAAAGGAUUAGCUAGUGCUGUUUUGGGACAAUCAAGGUAGGCACAGAAGACAUGUUCUUCCAACUUUUUUAUUUAAUGUGAUUUCCAGGGACUCCAAAUUUGGCUGGAAUAGCAGCAGAACUUGAAGAAUUCAGAGAGUAGAUGAACAUAUCCAAUAAAGAGCUCAUAAAAUAUUAUACAGGGUGUCUCUAUCCUGUGCAUUAAUGUGAAAUCAGCUUUCUGCAGCCUUUCAUCUAAGUUCCUUUUACACCAGAAUUCCACGCACUGCAAUAGUUUUUGAAAUGCGCUUCAGAAUAUCCCUGACUUUAAAAAGUUAGGUGUUAAGUAGAAUAGAACUCAUUUUUUAUGACAGCAAAACCUUUCUUCACCUUAAGGAGGGGAGGCCAGUGAGGUUAUUAUUAUCUGGCAAAACCACCAUCUUCCACAUAUAUAAAGAUUUGACUCAAAACAAAUUCUGCCUUUGCAGCUGAGAGCCCAUCACAUUUCCCCGCGCAAACAUGAAAGAGGCCGUACUAACGGGAUGUUAAUGGAUUUUUCAGGGAACCACUGAGGUGGAGAUUAAAAAGAAAGCUACUGGGUCACUCUUGGUAUCAAUGGACCAGCUGAAUGCAUCCUAUGGAAGGAAGGACCGAACCAACAGUAUAAUGACAGUAAUCACAAAUACCCUUGUAGAAGGUAUGUGUGUUAGAAAGCUGUGGUCCUGUGCCCACUAGCUCAAGGGAUUACCCACUUCAGAAGUUAGUAUUCGUCUUUCCUUUUCCCAUGCUUUAAUUUUAAAAACCAUCUUACAUUUUUGUUGUUGUUGUUCUUAAGAUUGCAUAGACCCUACUUUUCAGACUCUGCAUGCUGCCCUGAGCUCCUUGAAGGAAGGUCAGGAUUAAAAUGUAACAUAUACUUGAUUUAAGAUACAGAAUUUUUUCUUUAUUCCACUCCACCCCCAAAUAUUAAUUUUAUGGAUUCUUAGAUUAAUUAUUCACGCAUAGCUUGUUUUCCUGUCUCACUGCAGAUGUCCUGAUUCCUUUUGUUUGUGAAAUGUGACCACCUCUUAAACCUAAAACAUAACAGCCUGCAAGGCCCAACAAAUUGAGAAUGACUUAAACCUUGCAUAAAAUUUCAUUGGGCGUGUUUACAUUAAUCGGUUAAAGUUGCCCACCUUCUUGUUUUGUUGUAGAACUAGAAGAAUCCCAAAGAAAAUGCCCUCCCUGCUGGUACAAAUUUGCCAACAUCUUCCUUAUUUGGGAGUGCCACCCAUACUGGAUGAAGCUGAAAGAAAUUGUCAACUUGAUUGUCUUCGACCCCUUUGUGGAUUUAGCCAUUACGAUCUGUAUUGUUUUGAAUACUCUGUUCAUGGCAAUGGAGCACCAUCCCAUGACCCCACAGUUUGAGCAUGUCUUGGCCGUAGGGAACCUGGUAAGCGUGAAAAUGUUCCCAAUGCCUAUGGGAACUCAGCUUUAUGUAUGGGAAACAGCCUUAUUAGAAAAACUAGCCAAUAAACUGAAAUGGACACGGGGACAAAUAGAAGAAGACACCUUCACCCCGGUAUGGUUCCCUUUUAUCACAUACACAGCCCAACAAGACCACAACAAGAAUCCGCCAACUGCCUACAAAUCAAUUUGGCUAACCUGAUUCAAAAAUACACACCCUCGCACACAAAAACAAAUCUCACUACAGCCAACCAAAGACAACCAACCACACCCUAGGCCACCCUCAGCCUCACUCACCACCAAGGAAAUAUAAUGAGCGAAUAGUAAGAGAACCCACACAAGCGACGCUGACACAAAACCCUACACAUGCACUAAGUAGAAGAAUAGAAGCAUUGCCCCCGAUCCAACCCCACUCACCAUUUCCCCCCCUCUUUUCUUCCUAACCUAACACUGUAUGUAACACUAAUGUCUCACAAGAAAUCAAACUGAUCUGUAGAAAACACAACUUGAAAAAAGAGACAGUUCACCUUGGCUAACUGAUUACUCUAGUCAAACAGUGACUUGAAUUAUUGCCAGCUACUUUUGAAUAUCAGGAUAGACUUAGAAAGGCCUACUUAUAAAUAUUUAAAUAAAUAAAAUAAGGCAACCAUUGCUGCCCACAAGUAUCUAGAGUUUUGGGGCUCUAGCUGGUGCCACUGCCAGUUUUGGAAUUGAGGUACCGUAUUUUUCGUUCUAUAAGACGCACCUUUGCCCUCCUAAAAAGUAAGGGGAAAUGUGUGUGCAUCUUAUGGAGCGAAUGCAGGCUGCGCAGCUAUCGCUGAAGCCAGAACAGCAAGAAGGAUUCAGAAUAUUUUUUUCCUUGUUUUCCUCCUCCAAAAACUAGGUGCGUCUUAUGGUCCGGUGCGUCUUAUAGAGUGAAAAAUACGGUAAUUCAGUGAAAUACUAAGAAAAAAGUAGCAGUGGGGCAAAAAUUCUGAUUAUACGAAAAAAAGGGGGGAAAGACUGUCUCUUCAUCCAAAUUGCUGAUAUACUGUGGCCUGUUCAUUCAUUAAUUCAAUUGAAGGCAAAAAGUAUUAAGUUCAGUGAGAGCUUUGAACAUUCUGAUCCCUCUUCCCCUUUUUUAGGUUUUCACUGGAAUUUUCACAGCUGAGAUGUUCCUAAAGCUCAUAGCAAUGGACCCCUACUAUUAUUUCCAAGAAGGGUGGAACAUUUUUGAUGGAUUUAUUGUCUCUCUCAGUUUGCUGGAGCUGAUGCUGGCAGAUGUGGAAGGGCUUUCGGUGUUGCGAUCUUUCCGAUUGGUACUAUUUGCUUAUUUUACUCCACUUUUCACAGUUUCCUGUCUUUCCUCUCCUUUCACCCGAUACAACUUUUUAAAUAAGGUUAUAUAUCAGAACCCACAGUAAAGGUCCACGGGAGGACUAAUUGCCAAAUCCUUACUGGCCAGUAUUGCAAAUAAAGACUUGUUCUGUGUCCAAGAGUUGGUUUAUAUCCCCUUUCAAUUGCCAUUUAUUCUGCCUAAAAUUGCCUCUAAACAGCUAGAAUCUGAAGGCUACUUGCUACAAGCAAUGACUGCAGAGCUUACAUGCAGACCUUAGCAACAAGUCCAUUUCAGGAAGCAGUUAAUAUCCCAAAUGCACUCUCAGCAUAUGGUUUUCUUUAAAAAUGGCAGUGGGGAUUAGCAGUAGGAUUCUAUUGGGUUGGAGUGUGGAAGUGAUUGUUGCAGGUGAAUUGCCCAAUGCAGAGCACAGUCAGGCUUGCACCUCUUAUGUGGUCACUUCCAAGAACAUGCAGGGUUCCUGCCACCAUUUCUGCCUUAGUCAAGAGGACAUGAAGGGACUGUCCGUUUGAAAAGCGGGUAUUGGGUAGUAGAGUAAUAGAGGUUGUGCUCUGCAUGCAAAAGAUCUCCAGUUCAAUGUCCCUGGCUUCUCCCGGCAGAGCUGGGAUACAUCCCUGCCCCUCUAAAUCUUUGGAAAGCUGCUGCCAGUCUCUAUAGACAAUAUUGUACAAGGUGGACCAAUGGCCUGAUGCUCUUAAGUCAGCUAGUGGCAAUCUGCAGAUCCUGACUUUCCAGCUAAAAUCCAUAGAUUGACAGCUCUGCCUCUAGAAAUCUCCCAUUCAGUGUUUAGUUCAUGAUCAGUAUUUCUUUUAUUAUAUAUACAGUGGCCCCUUCGGGUAAUGUAACCUUCAGGUUGUGAACGUGGCAAACUCGUAAGUGGGUUUGCCGUUCUCGGGUGUGCAGAAACGCUCUGCGCACUUCGUGCAUGCGCAGAAGUGCUCUGCAGUGGCGCAAGCGUGCGUAGAAGUGGUCCUCCCAUUACGAAAUUUUUGGGAUAUGGCUGGGCCUCUGGAACGGAUCCCGUUCAUAACCGGAGGUACCACUGUACAGUACCAAAUUUUUAUUAAAUUUCGGAAAUUUUAACAAAUUAACUUCAACUUUUAAUACGUAUUUCCCUUGACGGUUUGACUUCCCACCCUUACCUUCAUGAUGUUUUUAUUCCCUCCCCUUUUUUCUGCUGCAUUAUGUAGCAUACGUAUCUCUCAUACUUAUUUCCUCUACUACAACUGUUGUCGUCUCCCUUCCGCUGUUUAAAUUUCGAAUCCUGAUCACGACUUGAUUUGGCUAUAAUAUUUCCUCAGAUAAUCCCAAAGGGGUUUCCACUCCUCAAUAAAAAAUUUGUCGCUUUGAUCUCUUAAUCUUUGCUGUCCAUUUUGCCAUUUCUGCAUAUAGCCCAUUAGUUUCUUCGUGAUUUGAACUUCUCCUUCCUUCCAUUUCUUCGCAUAGAGGAUUCUGGCGGCUGCUGUUGCGUACAUAAAUAGUUUAAUCAUCCUCUUUGGGAUGUCCAUCCCUAUUAUCCCUAGAUGUAAACUUCAGGUUUUUGAGGAAUAACCACUUUUAACAUUUUCUUCAGUUCAUUAUGCAUCAUUUCCCAAAAUCCCUGAGCUUUUUCACAGGUCCACCACAUAUGAAAAAUGCCCCUUCAGUAUGUUGUGAUCAAUAUCUCUUUUUAAAUCUGGGUCCCCAUUGGCAGGACUGUUGCUUUAUUAAUCAUAAAUCUGUUUUAUCUAUAUUUCUCUUUCUUUUUUACGUCUUCAAGUUGAGGGUCUUCAAGCUGGCAAAAUCCUGGCCAACCCUGAACAUGUUGAUUAAAAUCAUUGGCAACUCGGUGGGUGCCUUAGGAAACCUGACCUUGGUGCUAGCCAUCAUUGUCUUCAUCUUUGCCGUGGUGGGAAUGCAGCUUUUCGGCAAGAGCUACAAGGAAUGUGUCUGCAAGAUCAACCCCGAGUGUGAGCUUCCACGAUGGCACAUGCACGACUUCUUCCACUCUUUCCUUAUCGUCUUCCGUGUGCUGUGUGGGGAGUGGAUUGAAACCAUGUGGGACUGUAUGGAAGUGGCAGGACAGGCCAUGUGCCUUAUUGUCUUCAUGAUGGUGAUGGUCAUUGGAAAUCUGGUGGUCAGUAAAUAUCUAUCUGUGGUUGCUUUUGAGUGGGAAGUGGAUGGCUGUCUUGUAAUGGGCUGGGACAAGAACUCACUGUUUCUAUUCCGUGGCAGGUUCUACAGCUAAUAUUCCCUAUUUGCUUAGAUGUUUUAAAUACCAAUGCUAAGGGUUACCGCACAUUCAGGAAACUUUCAGGAUUAAGACUAAUGACUGCAGCACAAAUGCAUUGUUGUUGUUGUUGUUGUUGUUGUUGUUAUUAUUAUUAACUGCUCUAUACCCAGAGGUCUUGAGGGACACGGGUGGCGCUGUGGGUUAAACCACAGAGCCUAGGACUUGCCGAUUGGAAGGUCGGCGGUUCGAAUCCCCACAACAGAGUGAGCUCCUGUUGCUCAGUCCCUGCUCCUGCCAACCUAGCAGUUCGAAAGCACGUCAAAGUGCAAGUAGAUAAAUAGGUACCGCUCUGGCGGGAAGGUAAACGGCAUUUCCAUGCGCUGCUCUGGUUCGCCAGAAGCGGCUUAGUCAUGCUGGCCACAUGACCCGGAAGCUGUACGCCGGCCAAUAAAGCGAGAUGAGCGCCACAACCCCAGAGUCGGCCACGACUGGACCUAAUGGUCAGGGGUCCCUUUACCUUUACCCAGAGGUCUCAGGGCGGUUCACAGAAAAAAAUCACAACGUAUAUAAUCAGAAUAAAAACAACAACCCAAUAACACCUCCCUCCCAGAAAAGAGCCACAUUCUAAAAGGGUAUAGGAUCAACUCAAAGGCCUGGUUUAAAAGGAACGUUUUUGCCUGGCGCCUAAAGGUGUGUAAUGAAGGCGCCAGGGGAACUUCCUGAGGAGAGCAUUCCACAGACUGGAAGCUACUGCAGAGAAGGCCCAUUCUCAUGUUGCCACCUUCCGCACCUCUCGUGGAGGAGGCACAUGAAGGAGGGCCUCAGAAGAUGAUCUCAGGGUCAGGUAGGUUCAUAUGGAAAGAGGCGGUUUUGAGGUAUUGCGAUCCUAAGCAAUAUCAUGAUCUAGAACAGAGGUAGUCUGAUCAUGAUCUCCAGAGGUGGACUGCAACACCCAUCCUCUCUGGCCAUUAGUCACAUUGACCAGGGCUAUUGGGUCAACAGCUUCUACAGUGCACGAUAUUGGCUACCCCGAUCUAGAAGAUAAUGUAAGAACAGACACACCCCCAUUGGAUCAGAUCAAAGAACCAUUUUAUCCAGCCUCCUAUUCCCACAUGCCAGAUUCCUGUGGGGAGCCCACAAGCAUAGCCCUCUGUAACCCACCCCACAACUGUCUCUGAACCCAUGGCAUUGCGCUGGUAUUAGCAGCUGACUCUGAACUGCCAUAGCAACAUCACCACUUGUCCCCAUUCCUGGCUUUAAAAUAAGUGGAAGCAGAAUUGAUGGGGUAGAAUAAGACGUGUCAAACCCUUCCGGUGCCCUUUUGGUGGGGCACUUUCUGCCAUGGCAAUAGGCAGCAGCAGCUAUUACAAUGGGACUGCCGCUGGCACCAUAGCAGAAUAGACUGCCAUCAUUUAUGCUAUGCAGGCUGACAAUAUUAUUUAUGAGUUGUUAGGUUCUUACAAAUAAACACCAGGCAGCUGCAAACCACUGUUUUAACUUCCCACAAUGCCCUCAAAGCAGCAUAAUUCCAGGGCAUUCUGGGAAAUAAAAAAGAGGGUUCAUGGAAGGUGUCAGCGGUAGACCCAGCUGGGAUGUUGGAGCCCCAGGAAUCUGCCUGAGGAUACCAUGUUCUGACACCAGCCCUGGAUCCACCUCUUACAGGUAUUUUAGCCACAAGAGACUUAACAGUGUUGGUACAAGCAUACAUAUGUGAUGCACCCAAGAAAAUUUCUAUAAUGGAAUUGCAGCUGACAUUACAUCAAAAUACAUGCAUUUUGUAUCUCACAUAGGAUGGCUCUGUAGCUUUAUUGGCCCUCAUAUAUACUACAAUGCAUAUUUUUAAGAUCAUAGCAUCAGUGAAUGUCGGGGCAUGUUUGGAAGAAAUACCUCUUUUUAAACUGGCAUAAAACUUCCAAAAAGUUAAGAGCAUUUUUUAAAAGGAAAAAAAAUCCAAGCAUAAUUUUCCUUUACUGUUGCUCACAUUGCAAUUUUUCCUGUAUUUAAAAGGAUGCUGCUGAAAUGCUUCAGAAAAACUAAUUUUGUCUGACUAACUCUUUCAAAUAUCCUCCCUUUUACCUUGACUUGAUAUUUGCCAAUUUAACGGUUCUGUUCAAAACAAAACACACAAACGAUACAAUAAAUUGUGCAUAAAAGCAAAGGAAACAUGAGAAUAAAAUGAUCUGAUUAUAUGAUGCGCCUUAAAAUAAGGAGUGAAAUUAAGUCUGACCCCCAUAAGACUUAAAAAUGCAGUGCAAUUUCCUUUUAUUUUACAGAAAAUUGUGUGUAUAUAAUCUGUCUUUUAAUGUGCUCAGUGUAUAUGAAACGUUCAUGCAUCGAUCAGAAAGAAACCAGGGAUCCAUUUUGCCUGCUACAUUUGGACAUUCAUAAUAUAAGACUGCUUUUCUCAGUCAAAAUCCUCAAUGUUUGCCUUCCCUCCUUGUUACUUUCUGAGAUUCUUUAACCAGUACCCUUUCCUACCAUAUUUAGAACAAAAAACUUGCAAGGCUUUGCCCAUGUGGUGCGGUCAAAUUAAUUAAAACAUUUCAGAUUUCUUCUUUGUAACAAACGUGGGAAUUCUACAGGGCUGUCUGUAAGCUCAGGGCUGUCUAUGUGUGCUCACGUUUUAUUUAUUUACUCCAUGUGUAUAUCACAUUCAUGCCAAGGCAUUCACAGCGUUUUGCAAUUUAAAAUAAUGGCAUGCAAUCUAACAGAGAUGAUACAAAAGGAAAAGGGGAGAUAAUAAGCAAAUUGUUGUACCGAUUAUUACAUAAUGAUUGCAAUUGUUUAUAAUGCAAAUUGCUUGGAGGUUUUUACAAUUAAGUGGUAUGCACAUUCCAUAAAUAAAUAGCUAAACAGGUGGCAUGAAUGGCUGCGGAAGGAAAUGGUUCUGGGAUGGGAGGAGCCAACUGGGAUGGGAGGAGCCAGCAGAGCAAGGCCCACUGCCACCAAGUAGAAGGAUGCACUUUGAGGACGAUAUUGCCAAUUCACUGAGCAAAAAGUGGCUAGAGGGAGUCUUGUCUUACAGACCCUUUUCUGCUUCUGCAGGUAUUGAACCUGUUCUUGGCUUUGUUGCUGAGCUCUUUCAGCGCAGACAACCUUGCAGCAACAGAUGAUGAUGGUGAGAUGAACAACUUGCAGAUCUCAGUCAUCCGGAUCAAGAAAGGCAUUGCCUGGGCCAAGAUCAGAAUGCACGAGUUUGUGCAGACCCACUUCAAGCAACCGGAGGCGGAUGAAGUGAAGCCACUAGACGAGCUGUAUGACAAGAAGAUGAACUGCAUCGCCAACCACACCGGCGCCGACAUCAACCGGGAGAUCGAUUACCAGAAGAACGGCAAUGGCACCACCAGUGGCAUUGGCAGCAGCGUGGAAAAGUACAUAAUUGAUGAAGACCACAUGUCUUUCAUCAACAACCCUAACCUCACCGUUCGUGUCCCCAUAGCUGUGGGUGAGUCUGACUUUGAGAACCUCAACACGGAAGAUUUCAGCAGUGACACCGACCCCGAUGGCAGCAAAGAGGUAUGGAGCCAUACUUGCUCAUAGGCCGCACCUUCAUGCCUUUGUUUUGGGUGGCCCAUUGCAUUGCAAGAGAGAAGCAAAUUUGGCCUUCUGGCCAGAGUGUGAGGCUUUGCAGCCAGCAAAUUUCUCAGUGCAAAUAAAGUAGGUCCUCUUUACUUUGUUUGGCAAGAUGAGAACAAAGGUGGCACAGACUUUUCAUGGGUCGUAUGUAUGACUAAGUCAUUCAUAAUAAGAACAUACAAAGAACCCUGUUGUAUCAGCCCAAAGGUCCAUCAUGUAUCAUGUAAUGGGGAACCAGAUUGGAUAGGGAUAAAUCUUUUUCUUUCUAGUCUGUCACUUCCUCAUGUGUUCAUAGGCUUUCUACAUGGAGCAGAAUACUAGGCCCUCUGUACUGUGUGCUUGGCUUAACACUACAAUCGGUCUGCCUAUGUUUCUCCACUUUUAAAAAGGGGGGGAAAUCUUCCUGGGCAGUGCUGGAUUUACGUAUAAGCUAAACAAGCUGUAGCUUAGGGCCCCACUCUCUUGGGCCCCUCCAAAAAAAAUUAAAGGAAAAAAACUGGAUGUACAUUUCCAAAAUAUAAGAUAAAAGACAAAUAAAAUAAAACCUGCAGACAGCAACAGUGUUCUGUGUUGUGUAGGCUCCUAUGAUGUACAUAUUUUGUUAUGUACAAAUGGCUUUAGAUACCUAUUAGGUCCAUAAAUUACCAUAUAGCAUCUAUUCAACACAAAAGACAGUGAAAAAUUGUUGUUGACAAAGGACAGCUGGACAUUUAAAGGGCCCUAUUACCUUCAGUAGCUUAGGGCCUCAUCAAACCUAAAUCAGGCCCUGUUCUUGGGAGAUAUUUGCUCCUUCCAAUUGUUUCCUUCUUUACGUUUAUUUCAAAAGUCUUAAAGGAUGUACCAUAUUAAGAUGGGCCGAUAUUCAGCAGGGAAAUUCAACUGGGAAAUAUUCAACUGGGAAAUAGUUUUAUUCUUAUUUUAUUUCUUUUCUGUGCUGCGUAUUGGCAUGAAUGUCAACGUUGUUUAAAAAAUGGAGCUCUUCAUUUCUCCCGGCUCAUAAUAUAUGUGUUUGUGAUGUUCUUUCCCAUUGUUCAAGAAACUGGAUGAUACGAGUUCGUCGGAGGGCAGUACCAUUGAUAUAAAGCCUGAGGCAGAAGAGGUUCCUGUGGAAGCACCAGAAGAAUACCUGGAUCCGGACGCAUGUUUCACAGAAGGUGAUUUUGAACACAGUGGGGCAAAAUGGACCUUUUAUCAAUAUGGCGUCCACUCAGAGCAUGUUACCUCUGCAGAGUGGCCUUCCUUGAUAGGGCUGACUUCAGGUUUGAGGGGGCCUUCAGCAAAGUACCCCCUAAGACCCCUGCUGCUUAGGCAGCCGCUGUGAGAUAGGCUAUUAAUUUAUCUCAGUGCCCCCAGUUUGGCAUCGCUCUGGGACAUUCUGGGAAAUAUAAAUGGCAACUCGCAGAUCCAGCAGAGUUAAGAAGCUACUAGGGUUAAGCGGAGCCCCUGUGCCUAAUUCCACUUUAUUUUUACAUUCAAAAACAAGCUAAACAUUUCCUGAAGUUGUUAAUAAUAAUAAUAAUAAUUUAUUUAUACCCCGCCCAUCUGGCUGGGUUUCCAGAAUAUUAAAAAAAACAAUAAAACAUCAAACAUUAAAAGCUUCCCUAAACAGGGUUGCCUUCAGAUGUCUUCUAAAAGUCAGAUAGUUGUUUAUUUCCUUGACAUCGGAUGGGAGGGCGUUUCACAGGGCGGGGGCCACCACCGAGAAGGCCCUCUGCCUGGUUCCCUAUAACCUCACUUCUCGCAGGGAGGGAACCACCAGAAGGCCUUCAGAGCUGGACCUCAGUGUCUUAAGGAAUAUAAUAAAAAUAACCAUUAUUAGAUUUUUUCAGCCGAUCUCUUAAAAGUCUUAUUAAGAAAUUUGAAGGGUACUGUUGGACCAGUUGAUAUGGAGCCACCAGUGCAUGUUCUGACUGCAGUAAAUUUCGCUGCAACCUUUCAUUAGAGAAUUAAAUCUUCUGCCCUGAGCAAUACUAUUCUACAGGGUCUUGGCUAUGAAAAAUUUAAGGUAUUAUGCACAAAUAAAAAUAUUUUGUGGAGCAUUGUCCUUGAUGAUUAUGACAGCGCUGGGAAAAUUAUUUUUUUGUAACAAAGCCGAAUUAAUUAAUUAUUUUUUUAUAAAAGGAAUAAGGAAAUGUUACGGCUCUCGGAAAACUUGUGCUAAUUUUACAUUUGCAGGCUGCGUUCAGCGGUUCAAGUGCUGCCAAGUCAGCAUUGAAGAAGGGUGGGGCAAGUCUUGGUGGAACUUACGAAAGACAUGCUUUCUUAUUGUGGAGCAUAACUGGUUUGAGACGUUCAUUAUCUUCAUGAUCUUGCUAAGCAGUGGAGCCCUGGUGAGCAGAGUUAUAUUAUAUUGAGUCUUCUCUAUGUAAUGCUCUUAGCGUCACUUUGGGGGUCAAACUAGACAAUACACGAAAUUUGUAAAAAAGCAUUUCAAACAGCUGAGUGUGUGUUUGUUUUCAAAGUUAAAAAGCUGCUGUCAGGAGCGGCAAAGGAUUGGGACCAUUGAGGUUAUCCCUUUGUCUGCAUGCUGGGGAAGAUUACCCGUCCCCAAAGCUGCUGGUCACCCAAGGAUGGAAGUUUCUAUUGGUGCAUUUGCUCAAUUUACAAACUCAGGAAAUUCAGUUGUUGCUCUGUAGCACUGUAGUCUAACCCACUGACCCUUUUGGGCUUGCCAAUCAGAAGGCUGGCGGUUCGAAUCCCCGCAACGGAGUGAGCUCUCGUUGCUCUUUCCCAGCUCCUGCCAACCUAGCAGUUUGAAAGCACGCCAGUGCAAGUAGAUAAAUAGGUACCACUGUGGCGGGAAGGUAAACGGUGUUUCCGUGCAUUCUGGUUUCAGUUCCGUGCAUUCUGGUGUUCUGUUGCACCAGAAGCAGUUUAGUCAUGCUGGCCACAUGACCCGGAAAGCUGUCUGUGGACAAACACCCAGCUCCCUCAGCCUGAAAGCGAGAUGAGCGCUGCAACCCCAUAGUCGCCUUUGACUGGACCUAACCAUUCGGGGUCCUUUACCUUAACCAUUUACCUUACCAUCCAGUGCUCCCCCCUUCUUCUAUGGGGGGCCCCUUGGUGUUCAUGAAGGGACCUAUGGACUUUUGUGGUACCAGUAACAAUCAUGUUUUUGUAGCGGUUGUGGUGUUGUUUUUUCCACCACAAUGUUCUCGAAGUAAACACAGCUACUGGAACAUUUGUUAAAAACUUAAAAUGGAGCUGCUAUGGGUGUUUGCUGCUAUGGGUGUUUGCUUUUAACAGGGUGAAAAGCAAGUGUAAGUAUUGGGUAUUGAGUCUCCCCAAAGCUGCCUGAGAAUGCUUUGGGCUGAUGCCAGCUCUGGAGUCACUUACUAUAUUACUUGUGAAAACACCCUAGGUCUCUUUGACAAGCACGGUGAGCAAGUGACUCCAGAUCUUUCGUUUAUUUGGAAUUGCCUUGGAUACAAUACUUUAAAAAGAAAAAGAAAAUACUAACAACAACCAGUUUCUACACAACCAGAAAAGCAUUGGAACCACUUUUGCAUGGCCAGAUCAUACAGGGUAAUAUCUACUCGAAGGACCAAUGAAGUCCAAGCAAAUUACCUGCAUCUUUCCAAUGCCAAUAUUGCUCCUCCCCAAGGAUUGGGCAACACUUGCAUGGGAAGAACCCCCCCCCCCCAUAUAAUCCAGCUGGUGUCCUUCCAAGAGAUAGACAGAGAUAGACUGGAAAUGGCAUUCCACCCACAUGGAAGCAGCUUCUGUGCCUCUCCAACAAUGCUUCAAGCGUUGGGAGAUGUGUGAACUGUACGUUCCUUGAGAAGUCUGCGUGUCUCCCACAAGUUUUUGGACCCAGUUUUUUUAUUUCUAGCUCGCUCUGCUGCCAGGAAAAGAGUGUGAUAAUCCUUGUUGCCUUGUUACUCCUUAGGCCUUUGAAGAUAUUUACAUAGAACAGAGAAGGACCAUACGGACUGUCUUGGAGUAUGCUGACAAAGUCUUCACUUACAUCUUUAUCCUCGAAAUGUUGUUGAAGUGGUGUGCCUAUGGAUUCGUGAAGUUCUUCACUAAUGCCUGGUGCUGGCUAGAUUUCCUCAUUGUAGCAGUAGGUAUCAUUUUGCUUUUUCCAAUCCAUGCAUUGGUUGUUGUUGUUGUUGUUUUAGCAGGACUGGGGCAUUCCUUUGCACAGAUAAAUGAGGCCCGGCAAUACCGUUCCUGUAGCUUUCUAAAUCUGGGCUCCAGUAACGACAGGGGUGGAGAACCUAUGCCCCCACCCACCCAUUGUUGUUGGACUCCAGUUACCAUCAGCCCCUGCCAGUUUGGCCCAUGGUCAGGGAUGAUGGGAGUUGUAAUCCAGCAAAAUAUUGAGGGCCACAGUUUCUCCACUCCUGAACCAAGUGUUGAGAGUUCACCUAUAUGUGUAUACAUGUGUGAACAGGACCAAUCCAUCAAAAUAGAAUUGUUCUAUGCUCUCUGCUCCAGCGAUUCAAAUUGCACGGUUCCAUACUUUCACUUUCAGGCCUGCUUUUUCAGUGGAAUCGGAAUGUUGACUGAAAUUGAGAAAAGGGCACAGAAACAGCAGACAAAGAAAAAUAGUUUUGCAAGAAAAUCUGCCUGCUGCUGCUACUGGCUGUCCAAGAGAUAAUUGAAUAAGCUGCCAGAGAGAUCCAAUAAUCGAAGUAUUGGUGAAUGGUGCAGUUGACAAUAUCUUUUGGAAUCGUCAUCACCCAAUAAUGGUGCAUUAUUCAGGGGGGAAAUGAGGGAAUAAAAUGGAGAAAAUUGAAAUCUAAACGAUCUGAUCAGUUUAACAAACCAAAGACCCAGAACAAGGAAUUAUUAUUAUUAUUAUUAUUAUUAUUAUUAUUAUUAUUUAUUUGUACCCCGCCCUCCCCAGCCAAGACUGGGCUCAAGGCGGCUAACAACCAGUAAUAAAAACAAGUUGAUUAAAAUACAAUUUAAAAAAACAAGAUUAAAAUACAACAUUAAAACAUUAAGAUGCAGCCUCUCUUCACAGGAGGAGAAAGGAAAAAGAAAGAGGGGGAGGGAAUCAAACUGAUUCCAAUCCAAAGGCCAGGCAGAACAGCUCUGUCUUACAGGCCCUGCGGAAAGAAAUCAGAUCCCGCAGGGCCCGGUCUCAUGAGACAGAGCGUUCCACCAGGCCAGAGCCAGUGUUGAAAAGGCCCUGGCUCUGGUUGAGGCUAAUCUAACUUCCUUAGGGCCCAGGACCACUAGGGUGUUGCUAUUUAUGGACCUUAAGGUCCUCCGUGGGGCAUACCGGGAGAGGCGGUCCUGUAGGUACGAGGGUCCUAGGCCGUGAAGGGCCUUAAAGGUCAAAACCAGCACCUUAAAUCUGACCCUGUACUCCACCGGGAGCUAGUGCAGCUGGAAAAGCACUGGGUGAAUAUUGUUGUGCUUCACCCCAGAAUGCCCAAUUUGAGCUUGGAGUUCCAGUACUGAUCAAGAAUGAACGACAUAAUUGCACGUCUUCAGUAUUACACCUUCCUCAAAAGCAAGGAUUCUCUUUCAGUGUUGCCGGAGGAGAUGCAAGUACAUGAUAGAUAAACUCCCCCUGCGCCGAAGCUUCUCCAUCUCUCCACCCAUCUGCCCUCAAGUAUUGUAAGAUGCUCAACUGUGUGCCUCCCUCCAUGUUUUAAUUGUACUGUGGGGGCAGGGAGGGAGUGGAGGAAUGGUAUCCUUUCUGCACGGAAUAUUUCUUUCCCUCCCUUGUAAGAAGUGUCAAGCAACCCAAGUUUGCUUGGCCUGCCCAGCCCACAUUGAAUGAGGCUGAGGGACAGAGCUUUCAUUAGGCUUACUUGGGGGGACACCACCAAAAACUGGCAAUCAAUCUCUAAGCGUCCCAUAAUGUUUGCAAAUACCCCCUGUGUAAUAGGGUCCAAUUGUGAAUCCUUGCAAAGAUUACAGACAGAGGUAGCUCACAAUGGAGAUGAGUGCACCAGUCUUCAAUUGCCCUGGGCCAUGUCCUUGUCUUCUUUCCUCUGUCGCAGUGUAAGCUUUGAGGAAGCUUAGUAUCAAACGACAAGUUUAAAUUAAAUGUGCACCUGCAUUAGUAUGUCUGUGUCACAUCACAAUGCCUGAUUUGGGUGGCAGCCGUGAAGUGGGGGCAGGGGUCCAGAUUGGGACCAAAGCAUUGGUGGAAGGCUUUUAAGCCCUUUCCCCCUUUCCCACUGUUAAGUUGUGGGUGAACAUAUCAGACAACACAGCAAUUCUUCAAACAGCUCUUGUUUAUUCACAGGCCAGAACAGAACUGAACUGAAGGGUUCAGUCAGCCUGCUUAUAUAGAGCUCCAGUACAACGUAACUGUAACAAUUUUCUAAAACUAUCCAAUCACUGAAUGCCACUUUCGAUCCUUUAUUUGCAUAACUAUCUACAGUAUCCCCCUGCUGGCCCAGGGUGAGAACUUCAGUACAUAACACCCACAACCCCCCUUCUUCUCACUGCUAUUUCCCUGGAAGGGUAGCUGUGAUUGGCGUCGAUUGCAACUUCCCUCCUAGGAAAACAGCAGCUACCAGGGACGAUUUUCCUCUCAGGGCUGCAGUGCAAGGAAACUUUAAACCUGCAGCACAGCACCAUUCAACAACACAAAGACAAAAGCAACCGCCCACAUGUAUUUAAUAUAACAAUUAGUUUGGCUUGUUGCUUGUAAUGGAUGGCAGGGGUCUCUGUGACCAUACCCUGCAACCUCCAUGGGCCAAGAUUGCAAAAUGUUCUUGUGAACUCAUUCCCUCUCUUCGUGGAAAAGAACUGAAAGUGAGGUGAUUUUUUUUUUAACAGCAUAUACCUUUUUCAUGGACACUACUGCUAUGUGAUUAGAAAGAAAGAAAAUGAAACUUUCAGAGACAUCUACUAAAAUAUUUCUAUAUUUGGCUAAAAUGAAGUGAAACAAAAAUCUGCAAAGAGCAUCCUGUCUUAAUAGCAGGUGUUUGAAAUUUUUGGUCCUCCAGAUGUUGCAGAACUACAACUCCCAUCAUCCCUGGCCAUUGGCAAUGCUUUCAGAGACUGAAGGGAGUUCUAGUUCAGAACAAUCUGGUGAGCCAAAAGUUUCCCCACUUUUGCUAAUAGUAUUAUAUUAAGAUCUCUAAAAUGGCUGCAUUCUUUCAAACCAUGUGCAAGUGGUAUUUCUGAGGUUUGGAAAAAAGUUAUUCCAUGUAGUUCUUUUCUGAUUCCUGAAGUUGUGGGAUAUAUUUGUGCGUCUCUUUUUCUGAGCAAUGGUACAUUCUGUUCCUACUGUUCUGUUUUGAUUCAUUUGGGAAAAUGUGAUUACUUUUCAGUUCCAUAUCAGAAACCCAACCAUUAUGCAUUUUUUCCUGCAAUUAUUAUUCUGAAAAUUAACAUUAUAGGCCAAUGUAAAUGAUCUGUUUGUUUCUUGUUAGUUUACUGCUAGCAUUCAAAAUUUUAGAAGGAACUGUCUUGGAUAUAUUUAGUGCUAUUUGUCUUUUCUUCCCCCAAAGUGUUUUUUUUUUCUUUCAGUAAUAAAUGUUGACUGUCUGUUUUUAUGUUGGGGAAAGUUCAUAUCUCUAGCACGACUGCACUUCCCCUUGCUAUUGUCUCAAAAGACAAGUGGAAAACUAAAAUUCCUGUUAAAAGUCAAGCAGAGAUUCUUUCCUUUAAACUAAUUUCUCAUUUUUUAAGAGUGUAAGUGUCAAGUACAUAGGGACAAUUACUGUAAAUCACUUGAGAUGCCUCAUAGGAAGCAAUUCAUCAAUGAAAUUAUUAUUAUUAAUAAUAAUAAUAGCAAUAAUAAUUUAAUAAAAAAAAUCAGUAUAUGCUAGUGUUGGAGGGGUUCUGGUUUUCUACCAGUAUCUAUUCAGGACUGGCUAAAACACAAUAUUUUCACGAAUUACAAAAAUGAUCCAUUUAUUAAGCACUUUUACUUCUCAUUUGUUUCAGCUAGCGAGAGUUAAAUGUAUGUUUUCUUCACUCACUGAACUCCAUGGAACUUAAAAGAGCUUCAUUUUGGCUUGACUGUGCCCUAUGUGAACACACCUUUUUUGGGGGGGGCGGAUUUUUUAUGUGGCCGACUAUUAAUAUAUUGUGCUUCAAUUAUGUUUUUCAAAGACAUUGCAAAAACAUUGCUGAAGUAUAAUUCUGGGAAGCUUACUAUUUUAACUGUAGAGCUUCUUUUAUAAUUUCAUGGGAAAUUUUUAAAGCAGGAGUGGCUAACCCAUGGCCCUCCAUAUUUUGUUUUUGCUUUGUUUUUUUGCUUGACUAUAAGUCCCAUCAUCCUUGACCAUUGAUCAUGGUUUCUGGGGCUGAUGGGAGUUGGAGUCCAACAACAUUUAGAGGGACACAGGUCAGCCAACCCCUGGCUUACAAAUACUAUUUUUGUCUGUAUCACAUAUACAUGUUGAACUGUUUGCUCCUAAUUUAAUUUGCAUUAAACUCGUGCUUAUGCAAGCUUAAAACCCACCGGCUUGUAUUGAUUUAGAUAUGUAACACACUUUUCAACCAUUAGGUCCUUAAAACAGCUUUAAUUUCUACUAAAUCCUUCCUUUAUUCCCGUACUUUAGCCUUCACUAUACGGUACAGUUCUACAGUAACUCAUCCCCCCUCAAAACUUCAUAGCCCAUUCCUCCUUUCCUUAAUUGGUUAAAUAAAGCCCAUAUUAUUCUUAUUCUUUCAGUUCCAAAGCACUCUUACCCAAACUUAGUUACCGUAUUUUUCGCCCCAUAGGAUGCACCGGCCCAUAGGACACACCUAGGUUUUUGGGGGGGAAAUAAAGGGGGGGAAUUAUUUCCCCCCCCCCAGGUGUGGGGCUGGGGGGGGGAACAGAAGGAGACCCUUCUGUUCCUCCUCCAGCUUCCAGGCAGGCGUGUGGCUGAAGGGUCGCUGUGCAGUUCUCCCUCUCUGCGCAACACCUCUCCUGCGAAGGAGAGGCGCUGCGCGGAGAGGGAGAACUGCGCAGCGUCCAUCAAGUGAAGCUGGAGGAGGAACUGAAGGAGACCCUUCUGCUCCUUCCCCGGCUUCGCAGGACAGACGCCUCGCUUCCAUAGCCGUGCAUCACCUCUCCAGCUGGGAAAGGGUCGCGGGGCUAUUCCUUAGCCCCACGCACGCUCCCCCAGCUGGAGAGGUGGUGCGCGGCUAAAGAGGCUGCUGCCAUAGCCGCGCGUCACCUCUCCAGCCGGGGCUACGCGGCUAUGGCAAUACCCCCACCUCCUGCAAAAGCCCACAGGAGCCGCACACCCUUUAAGGAGCAGGCGGCUCCUGUGGGCUUUUCUACAAGGAGGGAGAAGGGACUGACUGGCCGCGUCAGUCCCUUGUCCCUCCUGAGGAAAAGCCCGCAAGAGCCGCGCGGAGCUUGUGUGCAGCUUUUGGGAGCGUUUCCUGCCUGCCUCCCCCCUGCAUUCGCCCCAUAGGACGCACACACAUUUCCCCUUCAUUUUUGGAGGGGAAAAAGUGCGUCCUAUAGGGCGAAACAUACGGUACAUGUCCUCAGUAAGCUGGUGCCUUUAGGUAUAACCCUUUGGCAGCCAUCUGAAGACUGUUGUCUCCCCAGAGCCACAGGUCUAUUUUAAUAUAUCAAGAGACAAAACAGGAAGAAAACCAAGGCCUCCUUCCUUCUUCUACCAGUUAAUUCAAUAUAAAUAUUAAUGAAUUGUUAGGUGGGAUUUUAAAAUAUCUCCCUAAUAAAGCAUACUUUGCCUACUGAAUUAUCAAUCCCCAGACUAGGAGAAAAGUAGGGAGGGCAGUAAGCAAAAAUAAUAUUCCCCUUAGAGAGGCUUCAUAUAAAAUUUGUGUCUAUAUCACCAUAGCUGUCAACUUUUCCCUUUUCUUGCGAGGAAUCCUAUUUGGAAUAAGGGAAUUUCCCUUUAAAAAAAGGGAAACGUUGACAGCUAUGCUAUAUCACCUGUAUAAAAUUGUAACAUUAGCGUGUUUACCACCUGUAUAAAGUACAGUGGUAUCUCGGGUUACAUACGCUUCAGGUUACAUAUGCUUCAGGUUACAGACUCCGCUAACCCAGAAAUAGUACCUCAGGUUAAGAACUUUGCUUCAGGAUGAGAACAGAAAUCGUGCUACGGCGGAAGCAGGAGGCCCCAUUAGCUAAAGUGGUGCUUCAGGUUAAGAACAGUUUCAGGUUAAGAACGGACCUCCAGAACGAAUUAAGUACUUAACCCAAGGUACCACUGUAAUAAAAUUAGUGUGUAAAUGACCUGUACCUUGCAGCAUCACCAUAACAUGUGAAAGGGAAACAUGGGAGAUCAAGAUUGGUCUCAGUUCAUACACAGUCCCAUUUUAUGUUACCUUAAAAAGAGAGCGAGAGAGAAGGAGAGCAAAGAUUGUUUCUAUCAUAGAACAGCAUAAAAAACAUCUUUAACCAGGAUUUAGUAAAUCAACCUUUCUCCAUUCUAAAUGCACUUACAUUAAAAAAGAAAACCAAAAACCGCCUCAUUCUCAUAUCUGUUGUCAAGGCAAGAGUCAGGAUCUGGUCAUCAAUAACUCACAAGGUGUCGGUGAAGUUAACUCUAUUCAAAGAAACAAAAGAGCUGAGACCUAGUACACACAGCAGCUCUUCCCAGCAGGUCUUGCUCCAGUUGUGAGGACUGAAGGUCCCUGCCUUCCCACAACUCUCCUCCUCCCCUGGGUCUGUCCCAAGCAACCUGAGACUUCUUUGCCUUGUCUGUUCCACCCUCAUUAUACCUCCACAGGUUCUGGGGAGACCAGGGUGGGGGGUGGGAGCUGGUCACAUCAGGAGGGGGAGACCCUCUGGCUUCAUCAUCAGCCCACCUGAUCUCUGCCUCUUUGUCCCCCUUCUUCUCCAACCUCUGAGUCUGCCUCUGAGUCUGAACUGCUCUCUACCACAGCCUCUUCCUGCUCACUAAACCCUGUUGCCCCUUUGGCUUCUGACAUCUCCUCCUCCCAGUCUGCUCCCUCUUCUCCUUCUGACCAUUCAUCAGCAUUCCAUCACCAAUCCCCAGGCACUGAGCCUUCUUCCUGGGGGUUCACUUAGGAGGGGGGGUGUCCUCCGCUGGUGCAUACAGCCAGUCCCCGACACCUGUUAUUUAGAGAAAUAAAACAUCCAGUUAACCUCUUCAAAGCAUAGUAAGAUGUGUCUAGCAAGCUUCAACCACUCCAGUCCCACAGGGCAUAGAUGACAUAUAGACAUAGUCACUCUAUCGGCAUGAUCAGGUCCUAAACUUGUUAAUAAAGGUACAGGGACCCCUGACCAUUAGGACCUCAUGGGACAGGUGAACGACCCCAAUUACACUCAUACGCAGCAACCAUAGUUGCAAUGCUAAGAUGGGAAGUAGCCCCAUUGUGUGCCUAUCCCUCAUGGUUCCUGUAUUUAGACUGUACCACAGCAGUGUAGGAAUGAACACUGUGGGUGGCGCUGUGGUCUAAACCACUGAGCCUCUUGGGCUUGCCAGUCGGAAGAUUGGCGGUUCAAAUCCCUGUAACGGGAUGAGCUCCCAUUGCUGUGUCCCAGCUCCUGCCAACCAGCAGUUCAAAAACACAUCGACACAAGUAGAUAAAUAGGUACCACUGCAGCGGGAAGGUAAAUGGCAUUUCCGUGCACUCUGAUUUCCGUCACGGUGUUUCAUUGCACCAGAAGCGGUUUAGUCAUGCUGGCCACAUGACCUGGAAAGCUGUCUGUGGACAAAUGCCAGCUCCCUCGCCCUGAAAGCAAGAUGAGCACUACAACCCCAUAGUCGCCUUGGACUAGACGUAACCGUCCAGGGGUCCUUUACUUUUUUUACCUUUUAGGAAUGAACCACACGGAAGCAACAGCCACACUGCAAAUGGUGAUCUACACACUGGCCCCCAACUGACAUGCACGCAGUUUCAAAGUAUUAUAUGUUACUUUAUUGAUUGAUUGAGUCAACACAAUUUAUAUACCAUUUGACUGCAAAAAACCCCUCUCUAGGCAGUUUAAUGAAGUAGAAAAUAAAACACUAAAGUGCUCCAUUAAAAAUGAAACAGUUUAAAACAGGUAUUUUAAAACUUUCAAAAGACAAUGAAAAUAAACAAUAGCUAAAAGGAGAUUAAAACACAUGUAACUUCUACAUUUCUGGAUAGGCUUGCCUAAUCGAAAUUGUUAUAAGCGGGCGCCAGAAACAAUCUUCUGAGGGUAUAGCAGGGAUACGUGGGCUUUGCCUACUGAUUCCAUAAUGCAUGAAGGUUUGCUCCAUCCCAACCAUUUUAGCAGUGGGUUUGGGGGCGCAAGGCAAUACGUCUCUCUAAUUUUACACCACCAUUCUUAUUCACCAUAAUGUAAAGCAUCUUACUGGAAGGACUGGUCUCCUUAGAAUACUGAAUUGCAAUCCAGCAUCUCAAUAAAGAGCUUAAAACGAUUUACCCCCACCCCUUAACCGCUGCACACUUUUCAGUGUGUUUCGCUGUUGGCUUCCCCUCCCCCCCCAAAGGAGGUGAGAACCUAGACGCUUCCCCUUCUCCCCUCAAAUCUCUGCCGUGUCACGCCAGUUGAAAUGAGCAAGGCAGGCCCUCUAUCUGCCCCGUCUGAAUGAGAGAACUAAGGCGGCUUGUGCAGUGUGUGUAUUUAUCUGUAUUCUUUCUCAUAGGUACCUUUAAAAAUUUGUCUGGCUUAAUUUAAUGGGAGCUGCUGGGAUCCUGCAGACUGUUAAGAGGGCGAGGGUAAGGUUCUUGUCAUCCGUUUGGGCUCCUAACCUUCCGACAGACCCCGUUUCCGUCUGUGUGUCUUUGCCUCUCUCUCUCUCUCUUUCUCUAUCUCACACAUUUUUCCCCCUUUUGUUUUAUUCUUAUGCCUCUCUCAACCGCAUUAUUUCCUUCCAGGUCGUUUCAGUGAAGUGAAGUAGGCAGCUGGUGUGGUCAUGUCUUCGCUAUCAAUCUAAACGGGGGUGGACUUUGGGCCUGCCUGCAGUCCACUUUGGGGGAUGGAUUAAAAAAAAAAAAAAAAAACCUUCAGUGCUAGGGGAUUUAUUCUAACAGUCUGGAACCUCUUUUUUUUUUCCUUCCUUUUUUCCUUUUUUUUUCUCUUUCUUUUUUCUGUUUUCUGUGUAGGUCUCUUUAGUCAGCCUUGUAGCUAAUGCCCUUGGCUACUCGGAACUAGGUGCCAUUAAAUCCCUUAGGACACUCAGAGCUUUGAGGCCUUUAAGAGCGUUGUCCCGAUUUGAGGGGAUGAGGGUAAGAUGCCAUUAGCGAGCUGAUCCUUCUGCAUGCCUGUGGAUUACCGGGGUUUUUAUUUUAAAAGCAUGCUAGAACUGAUCAAACUAGUAGAAAGACAUAACGACAAACAGAAUCAUGAUGCAGCUGCUGACUUGAUCACCUCCCUCUGUUUAUGAUUCACCUUCACCCCUGCUGCACACUUCUCCCUUUUUUUUUUUUAAAAUGGUUUAUUGGAAGAGAAGGAAAAAAAAGGGAGAUAUAUCAAGCUGCCUCAUUAUUGGCCCAAACCACAUGUCAUUUGUAGAUUCUCUGUUGGCACUUGGCUGCUCUUAUUUAGCCUGGCUUCUGAUACCUCUAGCAUCUGAGGGGGGCAUUUUCUGGCUGUAAGUUUUGAAACAGGGAGAAUCACUAGGUGCAAAGAAGCAGAAUUUGAACCGCCCCUUGUUUUUUCUUCUCCCCUUCCCCAUAAAAAAAAGGCUACGGCCAAAGGUAUCAAUCAGAAGAGGUCGAAAACCCGUAUAGCUUCUAUCUCUUGCGUGGGGUUAUUCAUGGCGGUAGGAAAGUGCUGGUGGUUGGUGGAGGAGCUUAGCCAUCCCAAAAGAAAAGAGUACUGGUUUAAUUCCUCUCGUUUGCACCUCGUUGUUCUCAGUCCAGUCGUCAAUGACUGGCAGCCUUGACUGGUAGUUCAGCUUCCCUCCCUAUUCUCCUUUCCCCUUUUACCAUGCUUUAUGGUCCCCUUGUCCUGUCAUGGUGAUGUAAGCAACAAAUCACAAGUAAAAGCACAGAGCCUGAAUUUUCCUGAAAUUUUUAGAAGAUUCCGCUGCCGAGUGUAUCUGGUAAUUUCCAGGCUUUAAUGGGAAAUGGCCAUUUUGAUGUUGCUGUAUUAAAACAAAAUGUUUGUGUGUGAAAUAAUCUCAUGCAAAACCAGCCCAAGGUUACCCAUCUUGGUCUGUAUGCAAAGGAAAUAAUGCAACAGUUUCAAACCUAAACAUAAUUAAGGAAUAGGCUCCAUUGAACACCACGAGACUUACUUCUGAGUAAACAUGCAUUGAAUUAUGGGUGUCUGCUGUAUUAUAAGUCAAGCAAGAAUAUCAUUAAAAGUAGAAAUGGGAUAAAGGUGGGGAGAGAAUUGGGAGAGGACGUAAUGAAGAACUACAACUACUAUGCAAAGACCUAAAAAACGUGUUUGAUUUCAGAGUUCAAGAUCUGAGCUAUUCACACCCAAAAUGGGGUUAGAAAGAUGCAAGUGUUUAGCAUGAUCCUCAGCAUGUUUAAGGCAUUAAUCUAUACCAUGUCUGCUCAGGAGUAAGUACUAUUUUAAUUCAGUGGGGCUUACUCCCAGCUAAGUGGAGUUAGGGUUGCAAAUUAAGUCCUGCUGAUUUCAAGAAUAUUUGCUCUCCCAAGUAAGUGUUUAUAGGAUUGCAGCCUCAAAGAGUAUAGGUAACUUCUAUAAGGGGGGAAAAAGUUAUUAACAGGUAGCUCAGGCCAUUCAGAGAAACCACAGAUAUUCUCUAUUUGAAUUUUUCAUCCUAAAUAUUAUGUAAUAUGCCUCCCACGUAAAACAUUCCCUGGAUGGAAGCGUGGCAAGCUCCCAACCCCGACCCCACACAAGGUUAAAUAAGACACUUGACAACAGUAUUUUAGGUUAAUGGGCUAAAAACGGCCACAACUUUAUUGGCUACAGAUUGUGAGCGGUAUUGGCUUAGGCAUUGGACCUAACCGACUAUCUGACUCCCGCCCAUCUGCGCGGAGUCCGGGAAGGGUUAACCACCGGUAGGGGGAGUCCUGCUGACGUACAUCAACUAGGAGCUCCCCCGGGGCCACCGUUAGGGGUCGUGCCUUAGGCCGUAGCCUCCCCAGGCUUUGGACAGGGCCAGGCCCCCGGAAUCCUUUAACGGAAUACCCUUCAAUGUGCGGGGCAGGUGAUGGCACCACCUCCCCUCCUCUCUUCUUCAGCCGUAUUCCAAUGCCUAACCGCCUAACUUUAUCAAGUUGUGAAUAUUUGCUAUGAGGUAGGCAAAAACCAAGUGGCCGGUGCCAAUUUGCCAAGUGGAAGAAGUCCUAACAGGCCCCUCAACGGCAACCAACUGAAGUCGAUAGCAAGGUCAAGAGAUGAAAAAACCUAAAGGGCAGGAGGGUGGGGAAACCGGAGCAGCUGGAAGCGCGGAAAGGGGUGAGAUUCCCUCUGCGUCCUGCUUAAAUCAAGCAGGCCACACUCCCAGAGUAAUCGGCUUGGUUGCCUGGGCAGUGACGCAGCCGGGAAUCCCCCCCCCCAUCGCGCAGGGCUGACCACACCCUUGCGCAUGUGAAGGCAUCAUGAGUGCCUGGAACUCCACCUCCUCCUAAGGCAGAGGCACUGGCGGAGGAAGAGGAGUGUGGGGGAGCGCACCGCCCCCGGCAGCACGAUCCCGGUGGGGUGCCAUCACAGCUGCCCCCCCUGCCCCCAGGAUGCAUGCCCCACCCCCAGGAUGCGCACCAUGCCCCGGGAUGUGCGCCACCCCCGUCCCCGCCUGUUCUCUGCCCCCCAGUGCUGGAGCAUGAAGCUCCGCCACUGGGCGGAAGUGGCUUUCCAGAAACUAUGUACUACGUGGUUUAUUUCCUAGUAUAGAUUGUUCUUGCGCCUUCAUAAUUCAGCAGAGGGUUAAUCUUGCCUAAGCCCCAUUGAUUCGGAUGAGAUCUGUGCAUGUAACUAUGCACGGAAUUGUGGGCAAUCCUAAGGAAGUUGUGGUUGCAUAAAUGCCAUGAAUUUCAGUACGGCUUAAAGCUUCUCCAUAAUACAACCAAUUGUGUUUAGGCUUUGAGUCCCCAUGCCCGCUUAGACAUGAAGUUGAACUAGAUUUACAGAGCAGUCUUUCACAUGUUUACCCAGAAAUAAGUCCUGCUGUUUUGAAUAGGGCUUACUCUCUAGUAAGUACACAUUUAGGAUUGCAGUGCCAUUUACUAGGGAGUAAGACCCCUUAGUGGGACUUACCGUAUUUUUUGCUCUAUAAGACUCACUUUUUCCCUCCUAAAAAGUAAGGGGAAAUGUGUGUGCAUCUUAUGGAGUGAAUGCAGGCUGCACAGCUAUCACAGAAGCCAGAACAGUGAGAGGGAUUGCUGCUUUCACUGUACAGUGAUUCCUCUUGCUGUUCUGGCUUCUGAGAUUCAGAAUAUUUUUUUUUCUUGUUUUUCUCCUCCAAAAACUAGGUGUGUCUUGUGGUCUGGUGCGUCUUAUAGAGCGAAAAAUACGAUACCUCAGAUGUUUCAAGGCAGGACCAGGUGUCUCUAGUGGAAAACCCAUCUUUAGCACAAAUGUAGCCCAUGUCUGAAGGGAUGUAAAAUCUGAGAAAUUUCAGGGAGCCCAGAACACCUUCAGUUCACUGUCACCUUUCAACUGCUGGAUAUUUGACAUUUUUGGAGAAAGGUUAAUAAACUAGAUGGAUCACAGAUAUGAUGAAGGCUAGUUUUUCAUUUUCUGCCAGAUAAUCUGAAGAUAGCAAUAAAAGAUUUUCACCCAUAUAGAGUUGGAAAGGUGUUGUUUUCUUAGUUUAGCAAAUCAAAAUUCGCUUACUGGGCUAUUUUGCAGCGUUUCCCCAUCCUUGUUAUUAGCACUGAUUCAGUCUUAUACCCCUCAAACAAUAAAAAAGAAUAAUCUGAGCCAAAAUGAAAGAAAAUAAGAGCUGAAAUGAUCUUGCUAAGAAGCACUAAAUGUAGGUCUUUUGCUUUCCUCUAUGCUCUAAUAACUUACAUUUCAAAGAAUGUACUCAGCUGUAUUUUCCUGGGGGAGGGAGGUUGAUAGUAUUGCUAUGAAACAUGCAUGUAUUUCUUGACAAUUUCUAACACACAAUCACACGAAAAAAGCCAUGUUCCCUCUCAUAAUACUUGGUGAUGAUUUUUUACCAUUUGUUUAGGUAAAGCAUAUAUACAGUAUAUAUAUUGGUUACAUAUAUUUAAGUGAAUGAGUAGAAGAGCGAGAAAACUUAGGUCCUAUUUUAUGAUUAAUAGAGCAACCCCAAAUGCCAAAGCAGUUUUAAAGUCACAAUGCCUGGCCAAUAAUUGCACUGCUUUACAUUUUCACUAGUUGCCCUGUUCCAGAUAAAUUGUGGCUAUAGAAGGGACAAAUUCUGAAGCUCAUAUCAGGAUCUGAGAUUUAGACUGAAGGUUCUGAAUUUAAGCGUAUGUAUUAUUAUUAUUAUUACUUUGCAAGUAUAUGCAGAGAAAUCAAUUGACUAUUGGGUGUGAUGAUUUUUUUACGCAUUCUGCCUUACACAUGACGUAUUUCUCUGCAGGCAGUGCUGUACAUACAUAUAGAUUGCGGUGUGUGACACUGCAAGCGGUUGCCUUUUCCAUACCGUAUGUAAAGCAACAGUGGCACCUGCUGGCAAGGAAAUAAGUGCUCGCGCAAUGUCAGUGCUAUCCCGUUAAUCCUAAUUCACUGCAAAAGAAGCCUCAGAGACUGCUGGUUGAGGUGUGGAUGGCUUUGGAAGAAACUGUAAUUGCUUGGUAAUGGGGACUUGAUAGCUACUGCACAGAAACUGUAAAACUGAAAGGAAGCAAAAAAAUGCUUUGGUCCCGAAAUGAGCAUUUAAUAGCUCCCCAUCCUUUGGAAUCAUAGAUUCAGAAUGGCACGCUUUCAGAAUCUGUGUGACAAAAAGCAUGUCAAACAUUAUAGAAUAGACAUGCGUUGUUGUUUUUUAAUCCCCCGUUUAAGAUGCUGGGAGGAGCAAUAUAUACGUCUUAAUCAAAGGAUAAGAGCCUUGAGUCCAAAGUACCCAGAGAAGACUGAAGACCGUUUUGAAAGAAAAAUGGAAAGGGAGGAAGUAGAUCAGUGGUAGAGGACACGCUUUCUCUGCAUGCCCCAGAUACAAUCCCUGGCAAUGCCACGUAGAACUGGGAAAGACUUCUUGUCUGAAACCCAAAAGAGUAACUGCCAGUCAACAGUAGGUAGUUCUGAACUAUAUGGACCAACUGUCUGACUUAAUGUAAGUCAGCUUUAAUGUAAGUCAGCUUUCUAAGUCUUUCAGAGUGCAAUCAGUUCAACAAGGUUUUCUCCCAGGUGUGUAUAGCAUUGCAGCCUAAACUCUUCAUUCAUUCCCAACAUAGGAAAUCCUAAUAAAAAUAAAUAAAUGACAACUCACCCGGCUCUGUUAAAGAUGGCUUAACUUUUCUCCAUUAGACUUUAUUUGUAUUUUCACAAAUACCUUCUGUAGUGGCAGGGACCAAAAAAUAAAAAUAAAAAAUGGGAGGGAAGCCCUGUUGAAAAAGUAUUGAUUUCAUUUGCUUUGUUUCAGGGGAGGGAAUAUGGCUUUUCUUUUUGAGCUUGCAAACAUGCAUGCUCAGCUCUUCAGAUAUGAUUGGCCUUGCUUAUCAAACAAUAAAUAUAGCCUUGAUUGUUUUUACACUAAGCCACUGCUAAGCCUUAGAGCAACCUUGAUACCCAUUCCUACUCCCAUUUGAAAUAAAUGGCUCAAAACCCCUCACUUUUCUACAUGGGAGUAGGAUACACCUUGCGCAUAAAUUCCAUAAGUCUGGUUUUAAAGGGGGAAAUUUUUGCUGGCGGAAAUUCUUUAAGCCUAUUCAAUUCCACAUUCUCUGACUUAGCUGAUGGAGUCAGCCAGCGGUCCUGUUCUUAUCAAGAUAAGGUAUAAUCUCUUUCUUCUUCCACCACAUGUUUUACUGAACGGCAAAACCAAAAGAAUAAGUUGCCAAACAAUCUCUUGAAAUAUAAAGUCUUUCUUUAAAAAAUUACAGUGGACAGAGAGGGUAUCUUUUUUUUAUUGCAACUAGCUUUUGAUUCCCCCCGUUAAAACUAGGCAUGUAUGUUUUGCUUCUAAUUCAUCCUCUCUUCUGUACUGAAACUUUCUCCUCCUUCCUCCCCACUUCUAAUACAGGUGGUUGUGAAUGCCUUGGUGGGAGCUAUACCAUCCAUUAUGAAUGUGUUGUUGGUCUGCCUUAUCUUCUGGCUGAUUUUCAGCAUAAUGGGGGUUAAUCUUUUUGCUGGGAAGUAUCAUUACUGCUUUAAUGAGACGUCCGAGUAUCGAUUCGAGAUAGAAGAAGUCAACAACAAGUCAGACUGCGAGAAGCUCAUGAAUCCCAACGAAACGGAGAUCCGGUGGAAGAACGUAAAGAUUAACUUUGACAAUGUUGGUGCAGGGUACCUGGCCCUUCUGCAAAUUGUAAGUUCUGCCUUUGUAGCUUGACGUCUCCUAGAAGUAAUGGGUUAUCUCUGUUGAAUGUAUGAUGGUUGCAAAUACUGGCUUCCCCGUGUGAAGUCCCAUGCAAAUGUCAGGAGCUCGUCCUACACUCGAGUAGGACCCUGGUAGAGACACAUGCCCGACUGGCAUGUUCUCUCCUCCUGGUCGUUCGUUCGGGAGCUUCCAAAGCUUUCUUCAGCAUGAACAUCACAGCGACCGAUGCCAAUAGACAUCGGCACACUUAGGAAUCUGCAGAGUCUUUGCAGCUUGUGUAACAGACCUCAGCAACUCAGCAUUUUGGCUAAUCUACUUUAUUUACAUAUAAACACACACGGAGCACUGCAACAUGGCUCCCUCUCUCUCCAGCAUCAGACAGCAAAGAGAAAGAACAAAGGACAAUAGUCCCACUUCACAGAACACAGUAACACAAACAUCCUGUCUCUGUCACUUCCCCUUCUGUGGAGUCAAAACAUACACCAUCAUGUGAUAGACAAAAAUCCCAUGACUGCAAUUAUGGAGCAGGAAUUCUAACAGCAAAUUCAUGAAGUGAAUAGUAUCUUCUCGCCUGUGGAGAGAGAACAAGACCCAAUUUUAAUCUUUCGGCUAGUUGGGUUUAAAGGAGGGAAGAGAAGCUUAGCUAUUACCACCUCUCUCCCAUUUACCAGUCAGGAUUCAAGAGGUUGGGUUGUUCUUUACAGUACUUGUGUACUGCGGCAGGUUAUCGUCUCCUGAGCAGGGUGAAGUCUGAGCUAGGUGAUUGGGAAACUUUGUGAAGAGAGGAAUGUGGCAGCAAGGAAAUGGGAGAAUAGUUGGCUGAGAAUUUCCCCUGGCCAUUUUAGAUGUACUGUUCCAGAUAUUUUGAUUGAUGUCCAGAUGUGCAAGCGAAUUUCCAGUUCACGCAAUGAGACUCCGGUUUCAUGUCCUUCAUGCUGUGCCCCCAGUAUCUUCUACAGAGUGUCAACCAAAUAGGUUGGGGGGGGGAGUGUAGAGGAGGAAGUGAAAGUCCCCUUGUGUGGGCGGAAGACUAUUCUGCUGGUGGAAGAAUAUAGUUGGGUGUCACCCUUUAUCCACUUCAUUUGCAUGCCUUCCAUCCAAUCAAGUGAGUUUAGUUCAUUCAUGGAGAGGCCUUCCCGCAGCCCUCUGUGCUGCCCAACAAGUCAUUCACACAUCCCAGCCAAUAUAUAUCAGUAGUGAGGAAUAUUCUCUGCCUUAAGGGCCACAGAGAACCUUCCGAGAGCUGCAUGCCAUCGGUGGGGUUUGUCAGAGGCAAACGUGGGCCAAGCAAUGGAUGUGAAAUUGUGACCUUUGUACAGUCCAGUGAUUGACACAAGAUAACAUCACCAAGGCAAUGAUCUGUAAACGUCUAUAAGAAAAUGGCAAAAGUGGCUUCUUUCCCAAAUCAGUUUUAUCUUAAACGAUAGCAAAUGCGGUAAAUGAAGAGUUCACCUGUAAUAUGUCAGUGACUCACUAAGGUCACCAAAUUAAAACUUUGCCACACCAAGUUCAGAUACCUAGGGGUACAAAUAACCAGAAACCUCAAUAAAUUAUACCUCCACAACUACAAGCCCCUGUGGCGACAAAUUAACAAAGACCUAAAGAGAUGGAAUAACAUGAAUUUCACUCUCUCAGACAAAAUAGCCAUGAUCAGAAUGAUCACCCUCCUAAAACUAACCUACCUAUUCCAAACCCUCCCAGUCUGGAUCCCCUCAACCCAACUCCGCAGUUGGUAGAGAAAACUUCACUCUUUUAUCUUCUCACAUAAAAAACCAAGAAUAAGCCCCAAAUACCUGCACCUGUAAUAUGUCAGUGGUUCAAUGCAGUAGUCAUUGCAUCACCACCCUGUUCGUUGUUUUAUUGUUGCACUCCAGUGGGGCAAAUGUCAGAGACUUCUACACACACCACAAAUACGUCUUGAUCUCUCCCUCCACCUUCCAGGAAAGCAAGAGGCAUUAUCACAGUUCAAACACUCAUUGCAGCCAGGCAGAAGCACUCAGGGAGGGUUCAGAACAGGAAUGGUGUGUUGUGUGUGACAUUGGGAAAGGGGUGUAGCCUAGGGAGACUCCCAAGGGGUGGUUCCCAAUAUUGCUCUAUAUAUGAGGUACAACACAGCAAUGUGUAAUAACUUCAAUGGAGCGAAGAAGCCGAGAUGGUGUGUGCUGUAUUAUAUUACUGGAUAUUUAUUUCAAGGAAAAUGGUCCAAAACAAAAAAGCAUGUUUAUGUACAAACCUUUUGAACUUUGCUUUCUUUAACUCAGCUUUGCGUAUAAAUCCUUUUUACUGCUCUUUUUUCCUACAGACAAAUCACUGUAAAACCAAUUUGAAUUGUGUAGAUUUAUGGAAGAGGGGCAUCAGAUAGAUUGAUCAUUCGUAGUUAGUACCGUAUUUUUCACUCUAUUGGACACACCGGACCAUAGGACGCACCGGACCAUAGGAGGGCUUCAGGCUUCAGAUGGCUAUCCGCAAGCCUUCGGAGCAUGGCGUGAACUCCUGCUGCGCGCCGAAGGCUUGCGGAUAGCUGCCUGAAGCCCCCAGAGCGCAGCGGGAGUUCCCUGCGCUCCGGGGGCUUCAGGCGGCUUCAGUGAAAGCAACGCAAAGCCUCCAGAGCGAAGGGGGAGCUCUCCCUCUGCGCUUCGGAGGCUUCGCAUUGCUAUCGCUGAAGCCAAGGAGCCUGCAUUCGCUCCAUAGGACGCACACACGUUUCCCCUUCAUUUUUGGAGGGGGAAAAGUGCGUCCUAUAGAGCGAAAAAUACGGUAUAUUGCAGGGGUGGCACAUCCUGUUUUGCCACCCGAGGCAAAAUGGGAAUGGGACUCCCACACACACACCGCACCCCACCAUUUCUGCCAUGCACCAAAAUGCACCCCCUCUCACCAAAACUCAGCAAGAAGGGUGCUUGCCUAAUGGGCAAGCCGGUUCUGGUAUAUUAUAUGCAGUUUGCAGAGAAGGCUCUUGUUGUAAAGAACUGAGUCUGGUGGCCAAGAGAAUUUGCACAUGAAAUCAGUUGUUUCCGAGCGCAUUACUAAAUUCCCUGCUAAGGAGAAAAGAAACUUGACCACAAUCUGAGUGACAUGGAUUCAUAAGAAAUGGCAUAACCAAUCGAAGGAACCAUUAGCCAACAGGAGGGCCCAUAUUAUUAAAUUUGCCUUCACCUAAACUGUAGGUGGAAAAGGAAAGAUGAGCCAGUCACUAUCCCGCAAACUAUAUCCAAACAAAUUGUUGAAUAUUUUAUGUGCCAAAUGACCUACAAAGAGAUGCUCUUUUAUAUAGUCCUUCUAUACCGGUGUUUUUUGUUUUGUUUUGUUUUUUAAUGAGAAAAAUCAUUUUCCUCUAAAAUAAUGUCUGUUUCCCUCUGUAGGCAACCUUUAAAGGCUGGAUGGACAUAAUGUAUGCAGCAGUAGAUUCUAGAAAGGUAAAGUACAUCCACUUCUGUCACUGUUAUCACAGAGCUGGUAUUUGAAACAAUGUUUUUCCAUGUCAUUUUAUACAUACAAAGAAUGCCACCUUGCAAGGUCAUAGCUGCAAAAAAUUUGCUCCAUCAUCCCGAUCCAGCUGUCCUUAGGACCCCAAAGACUGCUACUGUAUAUGAGGAAUAUGUGAUGCAGAAUCCUGCAACACUGAAGUGGUGGAAUGACCGCUCCCCGCUUAAAACAGGGGGCGCCCUUUGUGUGGACGCGCGCAGCCCUAGAUCUGGAGCGGCUCCAUCAGCAUAGGCUUGGCUUUGCCUUCCCUCAGGUGGGAUACCUGGAGGUCUCCGCCUACCUCAGUCAGUUGUCCAAUCCCACCUGGGGGAAGCGUUGCCAAGGAGACCAGGCCAGGUAGGAGAGGGAUUAUCUGCCCACACAAUAGAGGGAGGAUCUUACCUGGGAAUCCUCACUUGGCUCCAGAGCUUCUCCCACCCUACCCACCCUCAGUUAAUGUCUUCUUUUGCAGGUUAACUUUUCUUCAUAGGUUUUGCAGGUUAACUUUUCUUCACAGGUAUGCGGGCGCUGCUACGUUAAGGUCGCUGUUAAAGGGCCGGAAAGGAAUUUCCCUGCAUUGGCAGGUUUCGCCUUUCCCGUAGCAAAACGUCACAACUUUGGCGGUAUCAGGCCUUGGGCAGAAUCCUUUAGUCCAUCUUCCUCUUUGCGGUGGCGAUACCAGGGUUCCCCGUUAAAGGGGUUUCUGAAGGGAGGCUUUGACCGUACGCCGAAAGGUCGUCAUUGCUCUCCCCUGCAGCGGUGGCGUAACGGGGGCGGCUAUCUCUGCUUGAACAUAUGUUCUCCAGAGCCGGCCCAUCCCCCCCCCACACACACUGGAUAACCCUGAAGCUCCCUAGGUCCCCGGCUGGGGACUGGGGAGGGAGAACGCCCAAUGCCUGAGCCAAGGUCUACCCACAUUUGAAAUUUAAUAAAGUUGUGGCCAAUUUAAUCCCAUAGUACGUUGUCUUGAGUCGUUAUUCCACAUGACAGGGGGGACCGCUCGGGAUCUGGGGACUCCGCCUGUCCACGCAAUAAACCCAAUCCUGCCAGAGCUUUAUGUUCACUCUGGGUUACUAUGGAACUUUGGGUCAGGGGACGAGCAUCGGAUUUUAGGAUGGUGUGGGCAGUUUCUCUGCACAGGGCUGUCAGGGACUGGGCAGAGGAGGAAUGGUGGAGACCACCUUCUCAGUCUGACCCUUCCAGAGAAGAAGAAGACAGAUUUACAACAGAGGUUUGAGGGAGGUUACAGCUCAGACGCAGAUGAGGGGAAAAGUUGGGAAAUAAUGAGAGAGGAGGAGGAGGAAUCAUGGAGGGGGGGGGAGGCAACAGCUGACAGACACAGUGUCUUUAGAAAGCAUUCCAGACCCUCCAUCUCCUAGAACCUGACAAGCCUUGAAAGUAGGAGAGCAAAGAGCUCAAAGACAGAGGGCACUUAGCAGCACCCAUAGGAGAGACAAUGAGAAUGAUGAAUGAGGAAGUGGGAGAGAUGGGGGGUGGAGAUUCACUUGGGACAACACCAUUAUCCGAGAGGCUGGGUUCUAUAGCCUCUCUCUGUAAAGAAUGAAAUAAAAAAGGACGGUCAGAACAUUCCUUGUCUUUGUAUGUUCCUGGGCAACCAGCCGGGAGUCCCUGGCAACAGCCAGACAAAAUUGAGAAGAUCUAUAAUUAAGAAUAUCCAUUUUGGGGCGCCCAAGUUUGGCCUCGCGCAGGGCACUAUAUUACAAAAGGUUACCAAAGUCCACCCCUUAGGGGGACAAUAACUUCAGAGAGCAUAUUUGAUGAUUAAAUAAAUAAAUAAAUUGCAAAGAUUUUCAAGCCUUUGUUAAAUCCCACUUACAGACUGCAGCUCCUGAAAUAUGUAUAUUGUUUUCUCUUAUACACACAGCAAGAUCAGCAGCCCAAGUAUGAGGACAACAUCUAUAUGUACAUCUACUUUGUCAUCUUCAUCAUCUUCGGAUCCUUCUUCACCUUGAAUCUCUUUAUCGGUGUCAUCAUUGACAAUUUCAAUCAGCAAAAGAAAAAGAUAGGUCAACUUUUCAUAUUGACUAGCGUAAAGGUCCCUCAAACCCCCCCUUUUCUCUGAAUUAACUUUCAAUAAAUAACCCAUGGAAUUCCCUGAAACUUGCAGCUUACGAAAGAACUGAUUCACACAUGCAGGUUGCCACUACAGUUGCCACAUGGUGGCAUGGUUGUAUGAAUGUGUCUUCUUCACAGAGAGGACUUUUUUGUCCCCUCAAACGAAUGUUUAUGUUUCUGUGAUUUUUCACCAUACUGGAACAAAACAAUCACACCAGUCUCACACAAAGGACUUGCUGCUUGGAGCUGCCAUCAUACAGUUCCAUUUCAAGCAAUUAUUGUACCACAUUUUGAACUUAGAUCCAAUAGCUUAUUCAAAACCACUAAAUAGAUUCUAAGUCCUGAACUACCAGGGACUAGCGUAUCUUCUCUCAUUGUCUGCCAGUGACAAUGUAAUUUUCUCCAUUAUUAUUAUUUUUUACCUCAUGGAGUAAGAAGAAAUGGCUACCCCACUUCAGUUGUACCUUCAUCUUUAAGCAAAGGUGAACAGAUUGUAACCAGCUUUAUUUCCUUUUCCUUCCUUUACUUUGGAGGUCAGGAUAUCUUCAUGACAGAGGAGCAGAAGAAAUACUACAACGCCAUGAAAAAACUGGGCUCCAAGAAACCUCAGAAGCCAAUUCCAAGGCCUCUGGUGAGUUUUCGGGCUUAUUCCCAAUAUGCUGCCCCUUGUACAUUCAAAUAAAGUCUUCACACUUUUCCAGCAUCCAGCUCGUGCUCUUUGAGGUUUGAUCCCUUCUUAUUUUGACCUGGUGUGGUGUCAUAGCUGAGGCACAAAGCUACCUCAGGAAGACCCUGCUUCAAAUCUCACCUACCAGCAGAUAGCCUUGGGCCAGCUGCAAUCUCUUAGCCUCAGCUCCCCAUCCCAAGCUGGUGGGAAUAACAACAUGCAUCUAUCUUGUGAUGUGCAUAAUAACAUCCAGAGCUGGAAGCAGGUUAUAGGCCCCACCGCUACGAGAGCCAGUGUGGUAUGGUGGUUAAAAGCGGUAGUCUCGUAAUCAGGGGAACCAGGUUCGCGUCUCCGCUCCUCCACAUGCAGCUGCUGGGUGACCUUGGGCUAGUCACACUUCUUUGAAGUCUCUCAGCCCCGCUCACCUCACAGUGUUUGUUGUGGGGGAGAAAGGGAAAGGAGAAUGUUAGCCGCUUUGAGACUCCUUCGGGUAGUGAUAAAGUGGGAUAUCAAAUCCAAACUCUUCUUCUUCUUCUUCUUCAGAGUGCCCCAUUCAAACUGCCCCACUGCACCUUGUCACACUGUUAUGAGCUUCAAGCCACCCAUCAUUUUAAUUUCCCUGCGGUGUUCCAGAGUGGAUACAAAAAUCAAGAACAUCAGGGCACUGUGGAAAAAUCAAAAUGGUGGAUAAUUUCCCUGGCAUUGUUACAUAAUCAAGGGACCGGGAGCAGGCAGGGGGGUCAAAUGGCAGGACCAAGCAGCCCUUCUAGGGCUCUUAGACCAUGGCACAUUGCCUAAGUCACUGCCAGCCCUGAAUACUCAGCAUUAUUAUGUUUCUGUUAUGUUUAAGUAAUCUCCUGAAGCAGCAUAACAGGGCUGUGACUACUCUUCAAAGGUGGUUUAAUCGUUUGGGGUCUUAGGAAGAAGGUUUAUGAGCUAGAGCCUUUUAACGUUAAUCUGCAUCCCGCAUGUGGGUGGCGCUGUGGUCUAAACCACUGAGCCUCUUGGGCUUGCCGAUCAGAAGGUUGGCGUUUCAGAUCUGCGUGACAGGGUGAGCUCCCGUUGCUCUGUCCCAGCUCCUGCCAACCUAGCAGUUUGAAAGCACAUCAGUGCUAGUAGACAAAUAGGUACCGCUGCUAAGGGAAGGCAAACGAUGUUUCCAUGCACUCUGGCUUCCGUCACGGUGUUCCGUUGUGCCAGAUGCGGUUUGGUCAUGCUGGCCACAUGACCCGGAAAGCUGUCUGUGGACAAACACUGGCUCCCUUGGCCUGAAAGCGAGAUGAGCGCCACACUCCAUAGCUGCCUUUGACUGGACUUAACCAUCUAGGGGUCCUUUACAUUUCCACACAUACCUGGUGAUGAACAGGAUUGCGCUGUGUGUUUCACCCUUCACUACAAAAUGGGAUUGUGAGGCCAGAUAUGUUUCUUAUUAUCAUUUAUUAAAUUUGCACACCGGCCUGUACCCACAACUCUCGGAGCGGUUACAACAUAAAAACACAAUAUAAAAACAUGCAAUACAUAAUAAGAACAACCCAACAAACCACCCCCCAUCCCCACGUGAUGUAAACACACAAAUCAGCUGCAGUAGAGGAUGUAUGCGGUGAAUUGUCCCAUACUACAAAUACAUGCAUCUCCCUAACUGUGCGUUCUUCCUGUCCGGUGUAACAGAAUAGAGUCCAAGGAGCUGUUUUCGACUUUGUCACCCAGCAAGCGUUUGACAUACUGAUCAUGCUGCUCAUCUGCCUCAACAUGGUGACUAUGAUGGUUGAGACGGACACACAGAGCAAACAGAUGGAAGAAAUCCUCUACUGGAUCAACCUGGUCUUUGUUAUCUUUUUCACAUGCGAGUGUGUGCUGAAAAUGUUUGCCUUGCGUCACUACUACUUCACUAUUGGCUGGAACAUUUUUGAUUUUGUGGUUGUCAUUCUCUCCAUCGUGGGUGAGUAUAUGGGUGUUUUCUGCGGGGCGCAUGCAGCGCAAAGGCCUGCGCUUGCGAGAAGAGAAAAUGAGUAGAUGUGCAUCGGAUUCCGAGUAAACUUGCAUAGGAUUGUGCAAUUAAUACAGUGGUACCUUGGUUUUUGAAUGUCUCCAUUGACGAACGUUUCAGUUUUCAAAUGCCCUAAACCCAAAAGUAAAUGCUUCGGUUUUCGAAUGCGCCUCAGAAGUCGAACAGGAAACGUGGCUUCAGUAUUGAAGCUUCCAUAUUGAGUUUUCAGUUUUCAAACGUUUCAGAACUCGAACGGUCUUGUGUUCGAAAACCGAGGUACCACUGUACUGCACAUUAACUUAUCACUGCUUCCCAGCUUGUAAAAUCAGAGCUGGUCAGAUUUCUGUGGGGAAAUACCGUAUUUUUUGCUCUAUAAGACUCACUUUUUCCCUCCUAAAAAGUAAGGGGAAAUGUGUGUGUGUCUUAUGGAGCAAAUGCAGGCUGUGCAGCUGUCCCAGAAGCCAGAACAGCAAGAGGGAUUGCUGCUUUCACUGCGCAGCGAUCCCUCCUGCUGUUCUGGCUUCUGAGAUUCAGAAUAUUUUUUUUCUUGUUUUCCUCCUCCUAAACUAGGUGCGUUUUGUGGUCUGGUGCGUCUUAUAGAGCGAAAAAUACGGUAGUUUGGGAAGGAAGUUUGAGUCGGGAAAUAACUGCUUUCCCCCCGGACACACACACCCGUUCUUCUGCUUAAACUCUGCAAAUUUGCUUUCAUUUGUACCUAUAAACUACCCUGCUCCAAAUGGUCCUAUGCUGGAUCACAAAAAUAUGAUGAUUAAAAACAAAUGCAGAUUAAUAUACAGUGAGCAUAAUAAAACAAAACCACAAAACAGUAACAAACUAGCAGCACACAGCAAUGCAGGAGGAAGACAGCCACCAAAGGCCUUGGUAAUGAUUUUUAUUAACUGGAAAGUGUUAUCAGGAGCAUAUUGCACCAAUUAAUCAUACUUCAUGCCAUUAGUUCCUGGGCCCAAUUUAAAGUGCUGGUGUUGACGUUUACGGUCCUGAAUGAUCUUUGUUCUUGAAGGGCAGCCUUCUCUCAUAUGAGCCCACCUUCAUAUUAAGAGCUCCCUUAGAGGCCCCACGCUGUGUGAUGGCUCUAUUUUUAAUGCAGUGGGCAUUUAUGCAGGGUAGGGCAUUGUCGGUGGUGGCACCAAAGGUGUGAAAAUCUCUUUCUAGGGAUUGCCUUGCUUCUUCCUUGCUCUCUUUUAGACAAUUGGCCAGUAGUUCUGUUGAGCAUUUGGGGUUCUCUGGAUGACCUAGUUUUGUUCCAUAUUUUCUGCUGCUGUUGGCAACUGCCCAAAGCGCCGGCGCCUGCUUUGAACAUGAAAUUCGGAUUGUUGCCGUUUUUAACAUUUUGUUUUUUGUCUUACCGAUUGGUACCCAUUUAGAGGAUUGUUGAAUAGAAAAGCAAGGUAUAAAAGUUGUUGUUACAAGGGGGGGAUUUACACACACACACACACACACACACACACACACACACAACGGGAUGUUACAUCUAGCCUAAUCCUAAACAACAGAGCAAAGUAAACAGAAGGGAAGAGAGAUUAUUCUAUUUUAUGAUUCAUGGGGUAUAACGAGGCAACAAGCACUGCCUAUCAUUUUAUAAUAGUCAUAAUAAAAAGAUGAGGUGCCCUUGUAAAAGGAAAUUUGCUGAUAUGGCUCAUGGGCAUUUUGCAAAGACUCAAAUACUAAGGAUAUGGAGAUAGGAAGACUGCCAGUCUCAAUUAACCUAGUAUGGCAUUUCCCUCUCAAAUAUGGCCAGUACUACCUGCUUCUGGGCAAAUGGUAUGUGAUUACUUGAAAGAAUUGUAACACUAUUUUUUUUUCUUUCCCCCAAUCUCAUUUAAGGUAUGUUCUUGGCUGAAAUCAUAGAGAAAUACUUUGUGUCACCUACUCUCUUCAGAGUCAUCCGCCUGGCCCGUAUUGGCCGCAUCCUGCGCCUGAUCAAAGGAGCCAAAGGGAUCCGCACCCUGCUUUUUGCCUUAAUGAUGUCUUUGCCUGCCUUGUUCAACAUUGGUCUCCUGCUCUUCCUGGUUAUGUUCAUCUUUUCCAUCUUUGGGAUGUCCAACUUUGCCUACGUCAAGCACGAGGCUGGCAUCGAUGACAUGUUCAACUUUGAAACUUUUGGCAAUAGUAUGAUUUGCUUGUUCCAGAUCACUACCUCAGCUGGGUGGGAUGGUUUGCUUUUGCCCAUCCUCAACAGGCCACCGGACUGUGAUUUGACUAAGGAACACCCCGGGAGUGGUUUCAAAGGCGACUGCGGGAAUCCCUCAGUGGGGAUCUUCUUCUUUGUUAGCUACAUCAUCAUCUCCUUUCUGAUUGUGGUGAAUAUGUACAUUGCCAUCAUUCUGGAGAACUUCAGCGUAGCUACGGAGGAGAGCGCCGACCCGCUGAGUGAAGACGACUUUGAGACCUUCUACGAGAUCUGGGAGAAGUUUGACCCCGACGCCACGCAAUUCAUUGAGUACUGCAAGCUGGCAGACUUUGCUGACGCUUUGGAGCACCCUCUCCGCGUCCCGAAGCCCAACACUAUUGAACUCAUUGCCAUGGACUUGCCGAUGGUGAGCGGGGAUAGAAUCCACUGCUUGGACAUCCUGUUUGCCUUUACCAAGCGGGUGCUGGGCGAUAGCGGUGAGCUGGACAUCCUGAGGCAGCAGAUGGAGGAGAGGUUUGUGGCUUCGAAUCCAUCCAAAGUGUCUUACGAGCCUAUCACGACCACACUGCGGCGCAAGCAGGAAGAGGUCUCUGCAUUGGUCAUCCAGAGGGCGUACCGGGCUCGCUUAAUAAGGAGGGGCUUUAUUUACCGAAAGAACGUCUCCAAUAAGAUGGAAAACGGAGGGACAAACAGGGAGAAAAAAGAAGGUACCCCGUCCACAGCGUCCCUCCCAUCCUAUGACAGUGUGACUAAGCCCGAAAAGGAGAAACAGCGAGCCGAGGAAGGGAGACGGGAAAGAGCAAAAAGGCAAAGAGACACCAGGGAACCCAAAUAUUGA